AGAGCAUUCGCCACGAACCACCGCCGGCAAGCACCCGCGGAACGCGAACAACGCGCACACACACUUCACUCGCGCACCGUGUCACCGUCGUCCGCCGUCGAGACUCCGCGAUGUUGAUGAAAGCCGUUGCGUUCGUGGCCGCGAUGGCCUGCGUACUCAAGGUAAAAUAAUUUUCGAAAACAAACGCGGACAAUUCCGAAAUAUUACCUUUUUUUUUUUUUUUUUUUUUUUAAUUGCAGCUGUGUAUAUUUGCGUGUGAUUAUUGUGUAAUAUAGGUACCGUUCGUUUUCACUCGACCCCUCCGCCGUUGCCAGACGAUUCUUUUACUUUGCGUAGUUUUUUGUUUUUUGUUUUUUUUUUUUCACUUUAAACUCUAGUCGUUGAUUUUUUCACACGAUCGGUUUGAUUUUACGAAAAUCGUUUACGCAAUUAUUUCCCGUAGAAAAAUCGACGAACAUCCGUUGAUAUUAUGUUCAGUGGCUGGGCAAUGAAAACAAUUUAAAUUAUUGUAAAAUUAAAAACAAUUCUAAGGAAAUUAUAACGACUCGUCGUUAGGAAAUAUUAAUUGUUGCGCCAAUAAAUAAAUUUAAAAAAAAAAAAAACAAGAAUUAAAUCGCAUCGCGAUUUUUGUGGGUUUUGAGUGGUGUGCAAAUUCGGAAUUUAUUAUUAUCUACAAAUGUUUUCCAAUGAAAUUAAAAAUUAGGGAUGCUAAUGUAACGGACUUAAAAAUAUUGAACAGAAAAUAUUAAGUUAUUGAAUUUAUCGGAUCUCCGUUAAAUUGAACAUCAGAUUUAUAGGUUUUAUAUGGAAUUAAACCUUUAAAGAAAUGGCCCGGAUUUCAAUGCGAAAUUCACUAUUUUUUUCAUAAAUAUAAUUUGAUUAGUGUUUAAUAAUAACAGAUACCGAGAAACUGUUUUGGUUAUUGGAUUUUUCGCUGUUUUUCAAUCGUUCUUAUAUAUAUAUAUAAUAUUAUGGCCAUUUAAGUAAAUAAGUAAAUAAAUUGUUUCUAAAAUCAUCUAUGGUAAUUAUUCAAAACAUUAUUGAAAUAAAUAUGUAGAGAAAUUUAGUUUUUUGUAAUAUUUGCAGUUUUUUAGCCGAUUUCAGGUAUUAUUUAAGGUUUAGAUUAUUAUUAUUAUUUAUUUAUUUAUUAUUUUUUUUUUUUUAUAAAGCUUUGAAUUUCGAGUACAGAAUUCAGAUAAACAUAUAAUAUGAUACUUGGAAAGUGACACUUGAAUUGUUUCGCCGUUUUUUUCAUUCUCGGGUAAUUUUUAAAUUAGGAAUUUAAAACCCGUGCAUCAUAAAUUUAGGUACGAGUAUUGUCCAGUGCCAUUGCGUCAAUAGUAUACGUAGGUUAUAAAAACGGCUGCGAUUAUAGCGUAAACGAAAACGAUAAUUUUAAAACUCGCCCUUCCGUAUAUUAACUCGAGUAUUUUUUUUUAUUAUUAUGAUUAUUACAGUGUCGAUACCCGCAAACUCAACAAGUAUCAAUCAAUAAUACCGAUGACAUUUUAAUAUAUACGUACUUAUACCUACCGGUUUUAUAUCGUUUAAAUCUAAAAAGUCAACCUUCGUCUCCUUCGGUAUUUCGUUUAGCCGAUUCCCUUUCUCUCUCUCUCUCUCUCUUUCUAAUAAUGUUUUAUGUAACUAUACAACAACAAUAACUUAUUGUUAAAACAACUUUUAAAAUAACUAAAAUAUUACGUGACGUUGAUUUCGAUAUUUUGCGUAGAAAUGUAUUUUAAUCAGUUUGAAAGGUAGUGCGGAUAUUUUUUUUUUUUUUGCUUAUCGAUAAAUAGCUCGACUUGAUUUGACUGUAAAAAAAAUAAAAAUGCUCAAUAUUAUUAGGUAUUUUAUUCAUUUAUUACACUUGACGUCGUUUCAAAUAAAAUGUUAUUUUUUUUCUACCAAGAAAUAAAUACUAUUAUAAUAGAUAUUACAUAAACUUACGUAUAAAAACAGUAAUUUUAAAAACUGAUACAUUAUAUUAUUCUAAUUUUUAACAUAUAACAUUACCUGCGAUAUAAUGACUUUUCUACCUCUAAAAAUAUUUAGUUUCUACAUCUUUUAGUAUGAUUUGUGCCUUUUAUAUGUUUUUAUUUGUUGGUUGUUAAUUCGGUUAAAAAUAUUCUAUUAGCUUUUUCUAGACAUUUGACUUCGAGUUUUUCAUUUUUCAAUUGAUUUAGUCAUUAUAAGUAUACAAUUAUAAUUUGUAUUUAGUGUACAGUAAAAUCAAGUUUUCCUUAAUGUGGAAGUUUCUUUUAUAAGCGUUUUAAUUUAAAAUUUUGAUGAAAAUCGCGACUUUUACGGGCUUUCAAAACAUGUUUUAACUUCAGUCAGAAUCGUAUUUUGUCAGCAAUUAUUUAUCGUCGCGUACAGAUAUAAAUUGAAUAUCAUUAUGUGUCCUAUACUUUAUGAAAUUCCCACCUACAACAGUGAUAUAUCCAUAUGCGAUAUCAAUUCUUUUUAAAUUUAUGUUCAGAUAUUAUUAAUUAUUAAAAAUAAAAAAUAAAAUUUUAGUGCAUUUUUUAGAAUAUAUAGGACAAGGAAUUAUUUUUUUAUGUACAUGUUUUUAGGGUUUUAUAUUGUAUUAUACGAGUAUAAGGCUUACGAUAAAGAAAAUAUGUCCAGUGUUAAAUUAAUUGCAUCUUAUAAAAAAAUACCCUUUUAUUAUACUAUACUAAAACUGUACACAACUUUAUAGCGGUAUACGUGAAAUACUUGCACCGUGUAUCACAAUUUAAAGUAGAUUAAAAUAUACGAUUUGUUUGGAAUUCCAAAUGGCCGAAUAAAGCGGGUUUCGUUUAAUUUUUUAAUCAUAAUAACUUUUAUAAGUCGUAUUAAUCAUGUAGUACUUAUUACCGUUCGAUUAAUAUCGACUUUAUCCGAAUCGAUUUUAAAAAGCGAUUACAAUUACAAAUCAUUGUCAAAAAUCGGAAAAAAAAUAAAAGUUGUUCGAUAUUCCACAGCGGGUAAAUCUCAAUUAGUAAUAAAUUCGAGGUUUUUUUUUUUUUCGUCGACCCAUCAAUCAUUUCACUGCCGACUUGUUAACUCUCAGCUAUUAUAUCCACCGUUAUAAAAAGAUAUUAUUCUUCCUAUAUAAUAAGAAAAGGGUAAAAUUGUUUCGUUUUUUUUUUCGUUGUUCAUUAAUGUUAAAUUGGUUUGCGAAUAUUUUUUUUUUAUCGUGCCGAUAAAACAGCUCUGCGGGUCGAGUUAAAUAAUAUACACGAAAACGUUCGUACAUAAUACAUUCUUAAACCAAAUAAUAAUCAGAUCGUAAUAAAUUAUUUAUCAUAAUAAUUUAUAAUAUUACGUUGACGUUACCGAUGUAUAGAGAAUAAGUAUAACAACGCAACACACGAAACAAAACCACCAAAAUAUUCGAAACAUUCGAUUAAAAUGUUAAUACAUAUAUAUACUAUAAAAAACAAAUUCGUAUUAUCUGUUAAGUAUUUCAAAGUUUAUAACAAUAAACUGUCGUAUUCGCGAACUUCGCCAUAAAACGUAUACGUAUAAUAUAGACUAUAGGUAUAUAGGUAUAGGUAAUCAAUUUUAAUUGGAUCGCUUAAGUUUUAAAACUUGAAUAAUAAUAAACAUAGAUAUAAGGGUAUAAACGUAUUUAUUACACUAUAAGUGUUAUCAAUUAAAAUUAAUUCCGCGUCAAUUAAUUUUGCCAUCAUCAAUUUGAAACAAAUAAAAAACCACAAUUAAACACAAUAUAAAUUGUAGUACAAUAAUAAAUUAUAUAUUUUAUAAAAUUAAAACGGGGUUGAUUUUAAAUAAAACACAUGCAAUGAAAGCAACGAUAAAUUAUUUAAUUUUGAAUAUGGUAAAAUAUAAUCGAUUAAAGAAAAACGGUUUUCUAAAUUUUCUCCAGCUGUGUACAAUUUUAAAACAAAUUUUUACCUUUUAAUGGCCACCGUAUUGAUAAAAAUGUUUCGCUAAUCUACUGUCUGACACCCAUUUAAGGGGAAGUGAGUAACCGUUUUACGGACGAAUAUGACGUUUUAGACCAAUAAUUUAGAAUUCACCCGCUAUAGCUACCGCUCGUCCAAAUUCAUUUUGAAAACAUAUUUAAGUUUUUUACAUUCUUGUCUGUAGGAAAUUUUAUAGGAAACAUUGGAAACAUAGGAAACAUGAUUAAUGUACCAUGGUAUACCCUUUUUUUCUUAAAAUAUUUCUCGUAUUUAAAUUGUCAUAAAAAAAAAAAAAAAAUGUUUUUAAAACAUAUAGAAAAGAAGUAUACGAAAUCAAUUAGUUUUUAAAUACAUAAAUUGUACUUAUAUUCCUGUUAGUAAAUUUAUUUUGCUCUAUAGUUUGUUAAUCUAAAAUUUAGACUCUGAAUGUAUAAAAAAGCGAAUCGAUGUCAACUGCCUUAAAAGAAAUAGAAUUAUUAUAAAUAAUUAUUUAAUUAUUUGUGCAAUUAAUUUUGAUANUUGCUCGAAUUUUUAUUCCGGUUAUUUUUUGAUCUUUCACGAAUUCAUUCGGGUUGUGUCAAGGAAAAACGACAAAAAACUUUCCACCAUUAAAUUAAAUAUAUCACAAUAUAUUCAAAAAGUCGCAAAACUAAACUUUUUUUUAUCAUUUUGUACUGUCUUAAAAAGUGUUCCCAUGAUAAAAAAGAAAUUGUUUCAGUCAAAUUAUUUCUCCAAUGUCAACAUUCCUUUUUCUCUAUACUAACACAAAGUCUGUACUUGUAUAUCUCUACAGUGACUGGUAAGGUAUAUACAGUGAAUAGUGAAAAUUGAAACAAAAAUUAGUAUUAUUUUUGUAUUUUCUCACUUUUGUUGUUUAUUUAAAAUGUGUAAUUAAUUUAUAAGCCAGUAUGCAUUUAUAUUAAACUCGUUUUUCCUACAGUUUUUUUUAAUGUAUUCUAUGGAAUUUUAUGCGGUUACAAUAUAUUAUGAAAUUUGUAUGAUGUAUUUCAUAUUAUUUUACGAUUUGAUAUAUCAGUAAUAGGUACUGAUUCAACGUUAAAUUUCGAGAAAGUGAAAAUAUGUAUUACGGUUAUUGUCCGAUCCACGUCCGAAUAAUUACUGAAAAAAAAAAAUAGUAAUAAUUAUACAAAAUAUAAUUCAAAGUUUACCUCCCAGCUAUUUUUAUUAUGUAUACGAGUAUAUGUAUAUUUGUUUAGCAUUUUUACUUUAAAAAUGUUAUAUCAUUUUUGUUUUUUUAAUUAUAUACUACAAUAAUAAAUAAAUAACCGUAGCUAUAAGUUGUGAUUUAUAUUAUAUUGAUUGAAAAUCAUAUUUUUUCUUUUGUAUUUUUUUUUUUUUUUUAAUAUUGGUAUUUUUCAAUACCGCAAUAGAGAAAUAAAACAACAGGUACAAGUGAUAUUGUAAUAUUAUUGCGUUACCAUAUUUGAAAAUAAUAAUACAUAAUCGUUUUCGUAUGUAGACUGUAUUAAAAUCUCGUCUAUUGACGUUUUUUGUUAUUAUUAUUUUUUCCUUCGACAUUUUAUCAACGUGCAUUGGUACUAGAAAACUUUAAUAACCUUAAAUAGUUUAUGAGUUUUUUUAUUUUUAAUAUUAAAGGCGGCUAUUGUAGCUAACACUAUUAUUUACAGUUGUACGGCGUGUUAUACUCCGAAUCGUUUAUUUUCAAGUGCAAUACGUUUAUUAUUAAUAUAUAUAUGAAAUGCGAAUAUUAUAUUGUUUUUGCGCCAUUCGUUCGAAAAUACACUUACAUCCGGAUCGAGGAAAAAAGGGGCGUAGAAAAAUCAGACGGGCCGGGCGAAGCGCAUUUUUACAAUAAAAAAAUAAACUCGCGCGCCGGUGCGCUUAUACGUUUAUUCGAUGAAAAUACACGUUUCGGACCAAAAUAAUAAAACAUUAUCAAUAACAAUAAUACACAGGGAUAACGAUAAAAAAUAUAUAUAUAUAUAAUACAACACGUCAGAAUAUACGCUUUACACGUGCAAUAAUUCAAUCGAAAUAAUUCGAUUUUUAUAUUUUCAAUCGGACGGAUUCAAAUGUUCCGCGUUCUUUCUUUUUCUUUUUUCUUUUUUUUUUGUCGAUUUUCAAAAUCGCGUGAAAACGCGUCGGGAACGUCGUCGCACCAGUAUUUUAGGGGUUCGUGAUUUAAAGGAUUUUCCGACGUAACCCGUAACAUUCGAAACAGUCGGUGUGUACUUCAAAGGACGUCAAUACAUAAAAAUAUUCUUUUCUACAUUAAUUCCAUCCUUAUUAUACCCUAUGCAGCCAGGGACGGGCUGGGUCCCUGGGAUUCCGGGAAAUUUCCCGGUGGACCAGUGCCUAAUUCGACCAUGUGGCUUGUGAACGUUACAGUGGCGGCUCUUGGGGUUUACAGGAGUUGUGAAACAAAUAAAUCGGAAUAAUUCUUGUCGACGAGUCCGGGGGAAAUCUGGUACUUUAGAAAAAAUGUCUUCUCUUUUGGAAUUUACGGCAACGCGAUUUACAACAGAAUCAUUGCUAGAGAAAUGGCUGAUUGAAACGGUUCUUACUGGAAAAAUUUAAUUGAGAUUGUUUGAACUUACAAUUGACACAGCUAUUUUAUACGAUUUAUACGAUCUAAAAAAAAAAAUUAAAUAAUACACGUUUAUAUUAUUGAACACUUAAGUAUCUUAUUUGUAUAUUUCUUUUUUUUUUCUUUUUACACUUUUGUGUUUUUUUUUAAUUUCAACUUCAAUUAUUAUUAUAGCUUGCAGGCUCGCUUUCCCGGUAUUUCUUAGACCUAUUGUCGAUAAAUUUUUCGUACAAUCAUUUCGAAAUGAUUUGUUGCGUCUUACCUCCCUAUAUAAUCUAUACUAUACGAAUAUAAAAAAAAAUUUCACUUUUUUUUGUCCGGGGUAAUACGGGGUUUUGUUCGGCUACGUAUCUUUACUCUUUCGAUUCGCUUACCGUUUUUUUUUGUAUUUAUCGUGGAUAAUUUUUCAAAAACUAUAUUGACUGUCAUGAUUAAUAAAUAAUAAUUUUAAAAAAAUACAUAUAAUAAAUACAAUACAUAAUAGGCAUUGUGUAAUUUUGCAACAGUGACUCGUUUAUAAAAAAUAUAUUCGUUAUCCGAGGAAAAAACACACGCAUGAUACUGUAAAACUAUAAACUUACAAUAUUAUUCUGAUAUUGUUGUUCUGAAUAUUCUGAUAUAAAUAUCAAUGGAAAUUGUAUUAGAUAUUAUUUAAACAAAUUAAAAAAACACGAUAAAAACAUUUUUGCUUUAUAAAAAAUUAAAAACAGCAUAAUGUCCAUUAUAUUAUUAUCAAGAUUUAUAAUUUUGAGAAAUGAUGAAACUAUUCAAGUUUUUCGCUAGUGUUGUGAUUCGAUAAACUUGUAGUACACCUAUGAUAAUAUUAUAAAAUAUUAUGAUAACGAAUUCGCGGUUAAUUUUAUAUUCAUAAGCAUGGCACUCGUCAUAAGGAAAAAAAAUCUAUGAAAACAUCAUUAAUCAUAUAUAUAAUUCCGUGUACAUACGAGUUUUUUUUACAAAUGUAACAAUACAUGUAAAUGCCAUUAUUGGUACACUUUUACAUAUCAUACAUUUUAAAUACGUCUCGAGAUGUCCAAUAAAAUUGCUAUUCUGGAUUCUGGUCAGUGGCGUAUUUAGAAUUUUGACAAGGAGAGAAAUAUUGAAUAUGAAUAUUUUGAAAUAUUGUACUACGUGUAAAUUAAAAAAAAAAAAAAAAGCCCAAAGUCCGUAACAGUUCAUUGUAGACGGAAAAGUUGUGAAGGUAUAGGAUGUAGAGCGGCAAUAUGAUUUAUAUCUGUACGCUAAGAUAAAUCAUUGCAGACGAAAAACAAUUCUGAGCGAAAUUCGGUCAAACGCGUUUAGAUAAAUUCGAAUUGGAAAUUUGAUUAACUUUAUUGGUGUGCAGUAUUAUACUCUGUUCAAAUUAAAACAAUUUUGUUUUACACAUCAAUAAAUUUGAUUUAUGUAUUUAUUAUUUUAUAACACGUUACAAAAUUUAGUAUUAUACUUUAUUUGUAUACAUAUUAUAUUUUAUACAUUAAUUUUUAUUAUUAUUAUUAUUAUUAGCCAUUGGGUUAUUUAGGCAUUAUUGAGUAACAGACAAACAAAUUUUCACGUUUAUGAAUAUUAAUAUGAUUAUAUUAUUUUGAUUAUUGUACGUAUACCAGAUGAUCAUACACGUUAUAAAUCGUCAUUCUAUAUCAUUUUCAUCAGGUGUUCACACUCGUCGGAAAAUAAAAACCCACCCCAUACCUCAUCGUCACUCAUGUCAUUUAUUAGACCUUCAACACAACGGCAUUCUAGUACAUCCAUAUUUAUGUUUUUCUAGAAAAAAAGAAGAAACAAUUUGAACAAAAUUAUACGCACGUAGGAUACAUUUUUUUUCCGAUUUACUAACAUAAUCGCUUUAUUCGACAAUUACUCACGAACUGAUGUUCCGUAAAUCACAAUCGUUUCAUUUUUAGUAAAUUACUACCCCGCACACGACACCAAAGCAAACGCUAAUUUCAGUUUUUCAAUAGGGAUGCAAACAUUUUAACGGGGCCAAUUUUCCCUUCCACCAGGCCAUUUAUAUGAAUCCUGUUAAUUUCGUGGAACUGAAAAAAUUGUUCUGUUCGCUUCGCUCGUUUAUGUUUGUAUUCAAACUUUACAUUAUAAUAUUUAAACACUAUAUUUUAUGACAUUGAUACCAAACUACGGUCAUUGAUUAUUUUUCCAUGAAUUAACUUUAUCGAUGUCUUCUUCUUCUAGAUCGAGAAAUUUAUUACCUACGCGUCAUCAUUGGAGCCUCUUGAUUUAUUGUAGGAAAAAAUAUGGUUUCUGAUUUAUCGACUACACACUCCUUUUAAAUUGUUCGCCUUGUUAAGUUCAUACAAUUCUGCAUUACUAUUCUCUCCACAAUUUUCCAAUGUUUUGAAUGGCAUAAAAAAUAUUAUGACUUCACCAAAAAUCUACAACUACUGAUUUACAUACUUUAUAUAUAUAGUUUACAUGUAUACAAUGUAUAUAUAUGUAUGGAAUAUUUUUUUCUGUAGACUGUAAUAUCAAAGCAGUAUUCAACUACUAACAUUAUGAUGACGUUUAACAUCAGAUAUUGAAUGUAUGACAUUGCUUUGAUAAACGCAAGAUAUGAACUUCGAUGUAUUUAAUUAAUUAUAAUUAUCAUUAUAUGUAAUCAGAAUCAAUAUUUGAUUUGAUAAUCAAUUGUUUUAUUUAGGUAUCCAUAUAUAUUUUUAUAAGUAAUUUAAAAUUGAAUAUGCUAAUCUGCCCUCAAAUUAAAAUUAAAAUCAAAUAAAUUACUCUAUUAUUAUUAUAGUAAUAAUAAUAAUAAUAAUAGUUUUAACUAAUACCACUACUAUGUAAUAUAAUACUACCUGAAUAAAUAGGUACUAAUCUUACCUCCUUGGACAUGUAUAAUAUUAUACUGUUACUGAUGAAUUGUUUUAAACAAAAACAUGUAUACGUUCAGGUUUUGUUGAUAUAUUGUCAUGUACAAAUAAAAAUAAUUUUGUCAUUGAAAAAAGAAGGCCGAGGAGGAGAUUUUAAGGGAAGAAGUAAUUGAUUGUUAUUAAAUUUUACCUUGGUACCCAUAUUUGCCAGCGUCUGUUUUACGCAUAACUAUUUACGAAACAAUAAGAAAAUACAUAUUUUAAAAGAUCAUCGUUUACAAAAUUUUGAACAAAUUUAAACAAAUAUCAUAUGGUAAAGAAUUAUUCGAGGAUUAUAUUUGAAGAAUUUUUAUAUUGAAAUAUUUAAAUAUAUAAUAUGCACCAAUUGAACUGUUAACGCAAAAGAGUGAAAAAGAAUUGUAGACCUGGGCACGUGUGUGUGGGAGUUCUUUUAAAAAAAAAAAUAGCGUAUAAAUUUAAGAUAAAAAUAACCCACGUCGUGCCUCUUUAGUUCCAUUCAAAUGGAGAAUUAUCACCUUUCAAACGAAUAAUAUGAAAAUCGAAUGCUUGUUUACCGAGUAUCAGUCAAAAAGCAUGAUAUAUUGAAAUAGCAACUAUUGUACUCGGGUAACUUUAUAACUUAUAGGUAUUAUUGGAAGGAUAAAAAUCAUUGUUAUUUGCAUCUUUACGUGUCAUAUAAAUGUAUAAUAAGGAUUUGAAAUCCGUUUAGCACAAAUAAUAGAAUUCAAUGAAAUUACGGGUUUUUUGAUUAAGAUUUUGUAUGUUUACCGUUUUAAAAAAGCGCAUACCUAUAUUCUAUAUUUUUUUUAUCUGUGCAAGUUAACAUGUUGAAUUAUAUUGUUAGUGUUUGCGGAAAUAGUUAUUGAAGAAAAUCAUUCGACACAAGGUCAUGACGAUCUUAUAUAAUAUUAUUAUUUUCAUGGGUUGAAAAAAUGAAUAAAAUAUAGAUACAGGGAAAGAAUAUACCACAUUCAAAAUAUUAUUAAAUUUAUACUCGUCCAUUCUUAUAGUAAUACAUGUAUGUAUAACAGAUACUUAGGCAACCGGAGUAACCGGGGUAACGUCUAGAUGACGUGGUAUUUAUUAUAUGGUCAAGGAAUGCAACCCCCGUAUGAUAAAUUCGGUGUAAUAACGUUAAGUGAUAAAAAAAAAUGGACCCAGAACGUAAUAUUGGCCCAGGCUUGACACGGUUACGGUUUUCGUGAUAAAUGGUACGUUUUCGUGAGCGAAUAAUAUAUGCAUUUAAGAUUUGCAGGCAUUGGUGGCCAAAGAAAAAAAAAAUACGCAUUGUCUAUAUUAUAAUAUUGUAAUAUUAUAAUACUAAAUGGAAGUUUUUUUAUGAUGACAGGUCUCUCAUGAAUUCCCGUUCGAUGUGAACAAGAGGAAUUUAGAUUCUCUCGCGAGAACCGGACAAUUACCAGGAUUAAAACGAACCUUAGCCUCGUUGGCCAAGAAUGGACAACUACCCAAUCAGUUGGUUAAUGAGAAACGGAUGUUGGACCAGUUGGAAGUAGUAAGUGACGCCAAUUCGAAAGCCAUUCAAGAGCAGAAGGAUCGCCUAGCUGAGGUAUAUAAUAAUAAUAUAAUGAAUAUAAUAAUAAUAAUAAUUAUAAUAUAAUAAUAUAAUGUAUAUUUUGUAUUCACUAUUAAAAAUAUUAUAUCAUAUAUUAUCGAUUUGACAAAUGAACGGGGAUGAAUAAAAGAUGUAAAUACGCUAAAAAAAUCAUGAAAAAUGAUUUAAAGAUAAAUAGUUUGCAAAAAUGACUUAAAAAUCUAUACAAAGUUCGUAUAAAAAUGUAUUACAUACAGCUUAAAAAUUAAAAAUAUCACAUAAUAUGCAUAAAUUCUCGCAUAUAAACAUCAUAUACAUUGUUUCACAAAUAAAUUUCUCUGAUUGGUCCAUUCAAAUUUACUACUGUACGUUCUAUAGUUUCAAAGAACACGAACAACCGUAUAGGUGUUUAUGCAGGUGUCAUCAUACACCUCAACACGUAAUGUUAUAGUGUCCGAAUGGGCUAAUGGGGCUAACCCGACAUUUUUGGAACUAAAUGUUCACAUGGUGGUCGCUGAAGAUCUAGUUUUGAGUAGUAAAGUUUGAGUUUACAUUUAGGACUCUAUUCUCCUUGCAGCAUUAUCAGGUUGCCAAUGUAAGUGUGUAGGUAAGUGGUUAUUCCUUCUCCCGUCACCCUGUAAAGGGUUUCGAAAAGGGCCAUGCAGUGGCUCUGGAGUUUGUGAGCGAAGCCUGCAGACGUAACGGGCCGUCCCCCGCACUUCCAAACAAAUCGUGAUUGAUUAUUAUUCAUUUGGGGGUAAAUUUAAAUCGAUCAAUCAGAAACCACACGCACGGUGGUAAAUUCGAAUUCCAGAAUUAGAGAAAUCUAAUUUUGAAACAAUGUAUAGUGUUUCAGCAGGUGGGUUCACAAACAAAUAUGUCAGGGGAGUUUAAGUAUAACAAAAAAUUAUACAAGCUUUCAAUUGUAGGAUUUUUUAUUUUUCAUUAAAAAUGUCAAUAUUUUUUAAUAUUCAUUUUAGAUUCUGAGUGGAACGAGGAAUGUAUUGGUUUUACAAUGAUGUUUAUUUAUUUAUAUUUUUUCUGUUGACAACUAUUCUACCAGCAAUUUUGCUCCGAUUUACAAUUAUAAAACUUUUUCUGAAAGGAAAUCUAACUGGAGUUGUACUUUAGGAAAGUCAUUUUUUUUAUUUUCCCAAAAGUUUUCUCAAUAAAUAAGAAAACCCGGAAAAAAAGGGAAAACCGGGAAAACGAGAAAAUAGGUACAAUAUUAAAUAAAUAUUAUUAACGAAAAUAUAUAAUGCAUAUUAUGUAAUUAUUUUACCCUAAUAUGUCUUAUAGUUUGUUGACAAAGCAAUAUUAUCAAUCGAACUCCACUCAGAAUCGUUUUAUCGUUAGCAAUGGUUAAUCAUUGCUUACAGAUAAUCAUUAAAUUACCUAUAACAAUGUUGCACCCGUCUCCAUCAUCCUAUAGGACAGCUUUUUAGCGUUUUAGGUACUUAUUACUAAAUUUUAAUUUAAUAUUGUUUUUGUAAAUACAGCCUAAAUGGUUAACGUAAUUCAUAUUAUUGAAUAACAAUAAUAACAAUGUGUACCUACUAUCUAAUAAUAAAAUUAAAAUAAACUAAAAUUGUAUCUAUCUUCCUCAUUGACAGAAACCAUUUUUGAGACUAUUAAAAAUCUACUCUCAUCUUAAUUUUCAUGGAAUUUCGGGGGGUGGGGGGUUGAACUCCUAAAUUCCCCCCUUGUGAGACCUGAGAGAUUUUAUACUAUCUGGUCACUAUAGGUAUACUUACCUGUUAUAGUAUCAACGUGAUGGUUUUUAUUACAAAAUAAAUUGCGUAUGUUAUGGUAGCAAUGGUGUAGCAAAUUUAACACCGAUCUACCACUAUUGUCAGUUAACCAAAAAAAAAAAAAAAAAAUUGCGUACAAUAAUUUACGUAUGUUUGUUAUCUAAUAGAUUUUGAUUUCAGUAAAAACAUUGGUAAUUGUAUUUAUUUUUUUAGUAGAAGAAAACUAAAAUUUUAUGAAAAUGCUUUUAAAAUAUAAAUUGAGUUUAAUUUGUCAAAAAGUGUGAAGUAUAAAAAUACCAUUCUAUAGAAUUGUAUGUUAGUAGAUAUUUUUAAAUUCUAUGCUUGGUUUUAACCAAAUGUAUUACUAUUGUGAUAAUAAUAAUUAAAAUAAUACAUAUGUUUAAUCGUACAAUUUAUUAAAUUAAAUUUUGUCUGAUUUCAAACAGGAGAUGAAACAAUUUUUACAGUCCGAGAAACUUUUUAAAAGGGAACAACCUACUUUGGAACCUGUGUCGGAACCUAUUUCAGAAUUUAUAUCAGAACCUAUUUCGGAACACGAUUUCCGAAACGAAUUCAAAUCGGACUUGCGGAAUUUAUUGAACCAAUACUUUAAAAAGUUCGGAACGAGCUUCGACCAAGAAAAGGUGGAACUUUUUUUGUCCAACGUUGCAGACGAAGUAUUCGAUAAUCAUGGCGUUGUAUCGUUGGAUCACAUCCGGUACUUGAUCGAGACCGGUUACUUUCAACCGGAAUUCCAAGAUGGAAACUCCGACAAAAUGGAGUCCGGCGAUUCGUCGCCGGACGAUUAUAUCGAAAAACGUUUCAUGGCUUCACUGGCCCGAACGAGUAACAUGCCAUACUGGUCCGACAGCCCUAAGGCGAUUGCCAAGCGGUACAUUUCAUCGUUGUUGAGACAGGGAAAAUUGCCGUACGGGUUUCAACCAACCACCGAGUCAUCUACCAAAAACCCGGACUGGAAUUUGCACCGUCAGGGUGGACAAAAGCCCAAGAGAAGCGACGAAACAUAUCAAAAUGUCGAGGAAUUCAUACCGGUAAUGCAAGGAGGCAGGAGCUUACAGAGCAUAAUCGACGACUUGGCACAAGGACCGAUCGAAAAGAGAUAUUUAGGUGAGUACUUCUGCUAUUAUAAAAAAGUAAAUUAUUGUAAUAUUAGAACUGUAGCGUAGGUACAACAACUGGUAAUGUUUUGAAUGUAGCAUAUUGUAUUAUAGUAGAUAACGGUUUGAUCACGAGUAAACAUGAUACUUAUAUGAUUGAUAAACGGAUUCAUACAAACGUGAUUUAUUGUUCGUGGAGAGGGUGAAAUAUAUGAACUUUAAAACAAAAUUAUCCUCUCUUCGUCACAUUGUAUGCGAUCUUCUCAAUCGUUGAUGUUCUACAUUUAAAUUAAACAACGAAGAAUUAUGCUAGUGUGUGCUCGAGAACUAUAAGUUAUUGCCUAUAUGUGUGCAAAUAGAACUUUUAUCAUCAAAUAGACGCUUUUACCUGUUGAUUGAACCCGUUCCAAUGAGAAAUCAUGUUAUUAGUCUGUCGGAUGUAAGAUGAAUUCUAACAAUGCUCGAUUUUUCAAUCCGAAUGGAAACUUACUGUUAUCAUUGUUGUCAUAACAUAAACAAAAUUUGCGUCGUGAAAUACUCCACAUAAAACGUUUAACAUGCGUCAUAAUGCCAAUCGAUUCGUCGACAUCAGACUAUUAGAAACGAUAUCGGUGUUUUUUUUAUUUAGAUUUGCUAGAAAAAAAAAAUCUCCCGUCGAUCGAGCAUCAUCAGAGUUCAUCUCGUUUUACUGAGACUUUUUAUUAACUUAUUGUUAUCAUGUGCAUGUGUAUUUUCAUAAUGACAAUCGUGUCCAAAGAGUACGACACUAUCAUGGGCCCCAAAAACGUGAUUUUAUACCUACGUAAAUAACUUAGAAAUUUCAAUUUUCCAUUAGAAAGAUAUUACACUUUUUCACACACCUAUAUUAUUAAAAAUCCAUAAUUGUCAUCCAUAGUAAUUAUAAUAUAAUCUGUUAAAAUAUUACUUUACAUUACUCUACAUUAGUCUACAUCAAAUAUUACCUAUCGUCGUGUAUCCAUAUCCAAAAACAUUACCUGUAUGAUAUUUCUGUUUUAUUUAAAAUGUAUACACUUGUGCAUUUUUUUAUCUAAUUCAUUCACUCAUUUAAAAUGAAUUGACAUUUCCGUUAAUAGAUAUUAUAUAGUAUAUACACUUACAUAAAAUAAAUCUAAUUGCUUUUGUCCGCAAAAACGUUAGGAAUAUUUAUUAAAAAAUGUUGACUGCAAUAUCGUUAUCUUUGUUGUUCUUACACAUUUAAAAGACGGUACCUACAGGUACUACGAGUAUGUAUAAGUUUGUUAGUUAUUUGUCGGUAAAAUCGAACAUUUCAAAAAUCAAUUAAACUUAAACAGUUAAAUACAGGGUCAUAAUCUAACAGCCAGUAGCGGAUCGAGGGUAGGUUAUUGGGGCGAUCGCCCCACCCUCGUUCACUCUCCAAUGUAUAUUGGAUCUAAGGCCUAAUUAUACUCUUAUACUUGAUUCGUCAUAGAUGUCAUAGAUUCGUCAUCUGAUAUGCAUUUUUAAAAUUAGUCUCCCCGUCAUUGUAUUGUCCUGGAUUCGCCUCUGAUAAUAUUUAUUUUGAAUUCAAUACUCGGCACGUAGGUUUAAUAUAAUGUUUAUUAGUUAACCGAUUUACGGUUGAAGUUAAUAACUGCAUACAUUCAUAGCAUUUUUUUUAUUUAUUUCAUUGGAAACAAUCUUUAUUAAAAUUUAAUGUGAUAUGAAAAUGUGAACGUGUUUUAAAUUAUUGGGACCAGUGAAAUUAUCGUAUAUUAUUAGGUAAUCAAUUAUCAAAUUUAAAAAAAUUACUUCAAUACACAAAAUUUAAGAGGCAUGAUUAUUGCAUUGCAAAUUGCAGUUCUAUAUUUUAUGAAUAAUAACAGAAAUUUGAAUUUUAAAGUUUGAUUUAAUGCUUGACUGUAUUUAUAUAGGAUAAUAAAACGCAUAUCUAUUUGAAAUCGAUAAUUUCAUUUAGAUUUUUAUUCGGUUUGGAAAUGUAUUCAAAUAUUUUAAUGUAUACAUAUUUUAUUAAUACAAUAUAAUCCUUUACAUAUACACGAAAUAAAUGUAGUACAUCAUGAUGCCUCGGGUAUUUUUUUUAUUUUUUUUUCUUCGUAUGCCCAUAAACCGGUAAAUGUACAGUUUUCCCGUGCUAAAAAAAAAUCCCGAUUCUUAUAACCCGAUUGGUCGUCAUUGGUGCGACUGAAAUUAGAUUAAAACUAGAAAAACCUAAACCAGGAAAUUUCACGACUGCUAUACGAUUAUGAUUUGAAGCAAAUAUGUAUAAUAAUUGUUUUAUUUUGAUCUCAGUAUUGAGUUUAGUUAAAUGAAGAAAGAAUCACCAUCUACGGAUAACAAUAACAAUAAUAUUACGAUAGUCAUUGAAUUGUAUAACUACCAAGACUAUAAUCAUUAUACAUAGCAUUAUCAUUUAUAUACUUGCAUACUCGUAUAUUAUUGUAUAGUUUAGAUUUUAGAUACAACUGUUGUAUAAUAUUAUCAUUACUGUCUUGUUAAUAUCAUUCAUUGUAGAGAACUUGUGCGUGUUUGUGAUUAUAUUGUUAUUGUUUUUUUUUUUUUUUGAUACCUACCUGUAUGUUGAAUAUUUGGAAAAUGUAUACGUAGUUGAAAAUUAUACCAACCUAUAAUAAACUGUAUUAAGUAGUUGUUGUUUAUACGUGCCUAUACUAAAACACUAAAAUAUACCGAGUGCCCUUCGAGGAUUUACUAUAACUAUUUUAAAGUGCUGUUAUUGUUUGCGUUAAUCUCCAUCAUAAUAAUAUUGUGUAUGAAAUGGUUCAGUUUAUAAAAUGGGCGUUAUUUGACCAACCCGGAAAAUGUUAGGCAGAAUCCCCGAAAUGCUUUCAAUAUGAUAUUGAUAAUGGAAUAAAAACAGCCCACAUAUUAUAAUAUUAUAAAAUGUGUUAACAAAUACAAACAGUCUGAGUAAUUUUUAUAAAAUAUCUCCGAUUUAGCGACAAAAGCUACACUAUAUGUAAAUUCCAUUUAAAUAAAAAUACCAAUCACCUAAUAAUAUUAAUUAUCAUAAAUAGGUAGGUGUGUUACGACAUUUCAUAACUGAAUCGCAUUGGUUAAUUUAAAUAAAUCUCCAUCGCGCGUAAUACGUUUUCGUUUAAUAUUACUUUUUAUUGGAAAAUCGUUGACAAUGAUAACAAAUUUAACCAAAAAAAACUGCUUAAGCUUGAAUUCAUUAAAUUAAAUUAAAUUUGUUUUUCCACUAGCUGCCUGUUAAAAACGUUUUAUCGGACUUUUAAUAUUAUAUUAUUUUCUUGACGUUUUAUUCGUUUGCCCCGUAACGCGCGAUAACCAGUGGUUAAAGUGGGAGGGUGACGGAGUCCCCUCUUCUUAUUUAAGAUGAAAUUAUCGGUCCCAUUUUGUGCAAAUCUUCGAAGUCUAAAGGGACGUUUUAGUUAUUGUUACCGAGACAUUUUUAAUAAAAUUUAAAAAUUUCGAAUUAGUUUUAUUAAACACACGUUUUUUAAUACCUACCUAUUCAAUUUUACGUCGGUAACUAGACUCUGUUUUAUUAUAUUUUUACUGAACUGACAUAAGCGUAUGUAUAACAUAUUAUUUGAGGAAGGAGGUUCCAAUUUAUCGUUCAAACUUAUACAGGAAGUCCUACAGUGUUAUCCGAAUGCUAAUAACUCUGUCAAUAUUCAUUUUUCUUUUUUUAAUCGUGUUUUGUGUCAAGAGUGAACAAAUAUAAGAAAAAAUAAAGUUUUGUUUUCAUCAUUUAACCACUGAAAAAUAAUUUUUUAUUUUUUCACUUUUCACAAAACAUGAUUGAAAAAAAAGCUGUCCCGUGAUAAGGGAAACGGGUGCAGCCACUGUUGUAAAUAAUUUAAUAUCUGUAAGCAACGAUUAAUCAUUGCUAACGAAAAAUCGAUCUGAGCGGAGUUCGGUUGAUAGUGUUUCUUUAUCAACAAUAUAUACAUGUAAUAUUAUGGUAAAAUAAUUGCAUGUGCAUUAUAUAUUUUCUUUAAUUAUAUUUGUUUAAUAUUGAAUCUAUUUUCCUGUUUUUCGUAUGUAUUGGGAAAACUCCUAUAAAAAUCAAAAAAUUACCUCCUUAAAGUACCUCUCCAGUCAGAUUUUCUUUCGGACAAGUGCUAUACACUUGCAAAUCGCAGCUAGAUUUCUGGUAGAAAAGUUGUUCACAGAUAAAAAAAAAUAAACAUCAUUGUAAAACCAAUUUUUUCCGCGUUCCGCUCAGAAUCUAAAAAAAUUAUGCAUCGAAAAAGUUAUUAUUAGCAUUCAAAUAAUACCUACUGUAAGACACUCUAUAUAGGUAUAACAUUUUUAUGAACAAAUGUGUGUGAGAGAAAAACAAUUUGGAAGUGUUGUCACCACGAUGGAUAGUUAGCUGAAUGUUUGGUUAGGUUUAGUUUGUUCGCGAGAAUGCCCCUCAACGUUCGAUAAAUACCUAUUAUAGACCCGCUUCGAAAUCGUUCUCACUUUAACCACUGGCACCAGCGGUACAUAAUGUUCUGUUUUGAAAUCGGUAUAUUCACUCACGAAGUAUCGAUUACGACGCGCAAAAGUGUAUUUAAACAUAAAAUAUAUAAGUUUAAUUUCGUUUCUUUUUGAAAUAACUGCCCGAAAUAUUUAUCUUAUUAUAAUGGCUUUUUCCGCGUUUCGUUUUGUAUACGCUUACCCGCCAGUAAAUAUAAAUUCGUAACACGGGUACACAUAGUAACAAUUGCCGUUUACGAGGUUAAAUGGAGGAUUGGGAGAGAGGGGAGAGGACGCCGAACGAUACAUUGGAUAACCCUGAUAGAUAACCCUUUUAGUAUUAUUAUUUUUUUAAGCUUGUUUUAUGCUUUUAUACAAUAUUUAUUAAAUAUUCUCUAGUUGGAUGAACAAACCCGGAGUCGUUCUCCAUAUUUCGACGACCUCGCACAUACAUGUAAGACGAUACGCACGUAUGAAUUAUUUCAUAGUGUAGUACAGUUAAUAUAGAGACUUUGAGACUCGUCUUUUUACUCAUAUUCUCGUCUACGAAAACGAGUAUACACAAACACCUGAACCAUCAUAUUUUUAUGUGCGUAUACACAAUAUAUAGAUUUAGGUACUUUAAGCCAUUCGGAUGGUAUAUUAUUUUUUUAUUAGAAAUCGUUUUGAUAGUACCUAAAACAAAAACGUUUUCAAGAUGUUUUUAAUGUUUUUUAUAUUUCCUGCAGAACUACCUCGUAUAAAACACAGUUGUCGUUUCAAUUUUUCUUUUGGAAAAGUGUUCUGUGUAACUAUACACUGCUAUAUUAUAUAUGCGUCUAAAGGUGAUGACUUUCCGAAUUCGGACCGGUGCAAAUAAUUUAGUUUUAACAUUUUUCUAUACAGAUUUCAAACUUUUCACAUGUGAAUUUCAGACAUUGAAUAAAAACAUUUGAUUUUUUUUUUAUUUCUGGAUUUUUUUUUUGUAAAACGGUGGCAGCCGAAUUUCAUAUUAAUUGAAAUAAGUUAAGAUAACAAGUUAAACGAACUUCAUCACUCAGAACCGUUUGUUCUCGUUUGCAAUGAUAUAUUUAUUCUGUGUCUAGACCGCAUAGUGGCCUAUCAGGAAAUCGUGAUUUUCUCGGUAAGUCCCAGUCCGUACUUAAUUAUGUUUCUUGGUCCUAAAACCUUGUUUUAAGUAUGAAUUCGUUUUAGGUGCUCUAUAGGCGCAAAUACCGGAGAGUGGGAGUGCAAAAAAACUAAAGAUUUUUCGAAUACUAACAUUUUCUGUAGGAUUCACACGAUUUUUGAAAUGAGUUAAACUUUUUUUUUUUGUUCGUCGUCGAAUUUUUUCUAAGGCGCUCUUUCGUUUAGAGGCUCUCGAAUUCAGUUCCCGGUAACAGAAAAUAUAGCCCGGUCCGUCACUGAGUACCCAUAUAAUAUAUAUAUUCGGCCAUUUUGGUUUUUAAUUUGAAAAAAAUAAUGAUUUGCUAUUAGGAAACGUGCUGUGUUGUAUGUGAGUAUAUACACGAGUAUAUAUACGCGAGUAUAAGAACAAUCGAUUUUUUUUUUUGUUUUUAGUUGUAUAUACUUCUGGAUCCCACGUUACCGUCUAUCACACUGUUAGCUGCUGCUGCUCUAUAAGGAUCGCGAAAUCUCUCUGUUUUCGCGUCGUCGAAUUAUUUUUUCCCGUACGGCGGAUAGGGGGUUAAGAGGGAAGGGGCGGGUGGGGGUGGGUGUUUUGCGGCGGCGGUGAAACCGUCUGGCACAAGACGUAUUUACAGACGGUGGUCUGAAUACGGGCCCCCAGCACUCAAAAAAAAUAUAUAGUAAAUCCGCGUGGGACGCGUGCCGUAUGCGCGUAAAGUAUUUAAGUGCGUGCGUGCGUAUGUAUGUGUGUUGUUUGUACAUAUAUACAGCUGUGUGUAAGUACUGUUUCGUAGAGACUAUAUACGCGUAGUGACGUAUUUCCCGUUUGUGCGGUCACCGAACAAAUUAUAUUAUCUACUAUAUUGUUGUUACCGGUGUUACCGCGACGGCGGUAUACGGCUGCAGUUGGCGAUGUGUGCGCGUGUGUGUGUACGUAUGCGCGUGAUGUGUGUACCGCAGAGAUUUAUAUCCGCGCGUUCGACUUCUUUUUUUUUUUUCUAUUCCUCUCGUUUUUCUCUCCGAUGCACGCCGUAAUUUAGUGGGUCGUAACGCGCGCGCUGCAGUACACAGGUAUGGACUCUCGAAUGCAAUUAAUAAACGGCCAAAAACGUCGCCCCGAAAACAAUCACACCGCAAUUAAUAACAUAAUAUUAUACCGUCACGUACCUAAUUUCAUCGAUUCCGGGGUGUAUUAACGCCGACGGGGAACUCCAUAUUAUGGAAUCCGAACUUAUGGAGUUCGAUCGACGAAUUCGUAUCGCGUUAACCGACAGGGAUUUUUUUUUUUUUCUUUGGAGCCGGUCGCUUUUAUAGUAAUGCCGUAAAUGUGACGUCCGUUCCCGUCGUAGCGACGCGUCAACGCGAUUAAACAUAAAACGUUUCGACGACUCCCGGGUGUUUUCCGCGAGAAAAUGGGUGACAUUUUUAUUAGUUUUUUUUCGUUCACAUCGUACAAUCCGAUUUCGUACGCGAAUCCGUUUUGAAAUAUGCACGCGUCUCGAGUUAAAAUUUCGAAAAAACCUAUCGCGAUAUUUUCCACCGUAUUUUGUAAUCGGGCAUUUUGUACGCAACAUGUUCGGUUUAGGACGUUUCGGCGUGCAAUUGAUUUUUUUUUUUUUUUAAUUUUUACUAUUUUACCCGUCAGUACCGCAUUUGCAGUUGUUUCAACGCCACCUACCACAGACAAUACGAUACGAACGGGCUACAAAUUGUACAACGAUACGUUACCGUCAUUUGAACAAAUCUACGUUACCGUUGUCAUAUUUGAAAAACAAAAUUACUGUUACCGUAAAACUUCCGUACAACGGUAACCGAAAGAACCAGAAAUAAUGACCGCUAUUUAGAGGUGACCGUCCUUUAGAGGUUUCCUGAGGCAUAGCACCUGACGGGACCGAAAAAAAUUACUGUUACACAGAGGUGACCGUUAACGGGAGUUUUACUGUAUUAUGACGAUGACGUACCUAAUAUUAUUGCGAUUGGAACGAAUUAAAGUUGCAUUAAAUCAAAUAACGAUUUCAUUAUACAGUAAAACUUUCAUUAACGGUCACCUCCGCGUAACGGUAAUUUUUUUGGACCCGCCAAGUGCGUUAUUCCAUUAUUGGACGACACCCCUAAAACACGGUCAUCUCUGAAUUGCGGUCAUUAUUUUCGGUCCCUUCGGAAGUUUUACUGUAUACACUCGAGCUCUAUGAGCUUUUCAAAAAUGUUCGAAAUCGUUUUUGAUCUUCUCAGUUUUCUCCUAUGGUAUCGUUUGCAUAAUAUAUAAUGUACAAUUUGCCAAGUGUGAAAUAACGCAGUAAACGGUAAAAAUUCGAAAAUUAUAUUUCGCGCCGAAACGUCCGGUUCGGUUAUUUUCGAGUGUCGUGUCGACGGGCCAUUCGAACGUUGACAACGCCUGCGUAUCGAGAGCCCAUACGGUUUUACUUAGUAGUUUAACAAUACCUAAUAUAUUUUAAUCCGGCCGCAGACGUGAUUUGAACUAAUAUAGGGUGACCAUACUUUAAAAAAUAUAAAUAAAUAAAAAUAGGACAAAAUAAUAUCAGCAUCACGUUUAGAGUGAUUUAUUUAGAGAGUUAAUUAUUAUAUAUAUAUAUAUUUUUUUUUUCUAAUAAUUUUUCAUAAUUAUGCCUACAUACGCCUGCACAUUAUUAACUAUUUUAAACACACCGGUAUAUCUUAGAUAUCUUAGGUACCGGUUCUUGUGGUUAUUACUUUCCGCGGUGAACACAAUCGCAAUCACUGUCUUAAUCUAUGAUGGCGUAUAUUUUCGUCGACAAAUUUAUUUCAUUCAAAACUAAAAUACGAUUUUAAUAUUAAAACUAUAAAAUAUUUAUAACCAAUUGAAUAAAACAAGAAUUAAUAAGGAAUAAUCGGUAUCGACCUAAAAGCUAAAAAAAAAAAAACAGAUCAAAAAGCGUUCUGAGAGAAGUUCGACAGAACAACAGAACGCAAAGUCGAAAAUAAUCACAAUCCCGCAUAAAACCGGACGUAUGGUCACCCUAAGCUAAUAUCAUACGACCGCGCGACUUUAAUACACGCGGGUGUGCGCGUGCGACCUCCGCAGGUGCGUUGUCCCGCAGCGGUUGGAUGCCCAGAGGAUUCGCUUCGACAUCGUCCGGACGUUCGCGUGUGCGUUCGUCGUCCUCGUCGUCCGCUUCGUCUUCGUCGCUGCCGCCCAUGACUCUGCGAUCGCCGUCCAUGUACCCGCAGCCGCCGUCGUCGUUCCACUCGCCCGGCGCCGGAAACUUCAACAACGGCCUGCACGGCAUGCACGGCAUGCACGGCCUGCACGGCAAGCGGCACCUGGCCGCGCUGGCCCGUCUCGGCUGGUCGUUUAGGAACCCCCAUUCGUUUUACAUGCGCAACGGCAGAGGGUCGUCGGUCCAGUGCGACGUAAACAAGAGGGCCGCGCCCGGCGUCGCCGACGAGUAAGAUUCACACGCCACGCUAUAAUUAUCAUUAUUUCACUAUACUGAAACCGCAUGUAUAGGUAAUAUAAUCGUAUUGACAACGCGGCGAAACCCGCGGGGACGUGCGCGGCUACGCACCUAAUACAACGCGAGAUAUUACGAUUUAGUUGGAUACCUGUGAAACGGCACUAGUACGCAGGCGCCUUUGUAAUAUGCCGUCGGAACGGCGCCCGCCGUUUAUUGGCGGUAACGAGCCGCCGUCCCACGGUGUUCUGAAACGUGGUUUUACACGGCGAAAAAACCGUCCGACGGGAAUUUUAAUUUUUAAUAGGUUUUCAAUUGAAAUCUCUCUAGUUAUGCAUUCUAAAGAAACCCUACUGUAAAAUUUCGUAUUCACGUGUACACAAUUACCCGCGGUAUUACAGCGGUUUAUACGCGUUUCUGUUAUGUUAUAAUCGUAUUUCGUCGAAAGUUUUACCAUUUUUCAUGAGUAUUUUACUCGCAUGAAUAUUUUUUUUAAACAUUCAGUACGAUUAACUUGAAGUACCAUAAUAUAAAUAACAAACAUGAUCACACAUUUGUUUUUUUUAUAAACUUGACAGAGUUUUACAAUUUUUUUCCAUUUUUUUUUUUAAAAACUUUAACGGACUGUUUCCAAAAGUUCCGCAAUUUUACCACGCAUUCAAUGCUUUACAAUGCAUAUAUUAUACAAAGAAAGUUUUCAGCUAUUCACAAAUAUAAUUUUUCUUUGCAUCUGUACACAGGUGCAGUGUACAGAAAUUAUUCAAUUCAACAAGUUAUAAUAUUAAAUAAUUCAUUUUACAUCCAAUUACAAUUAUAGUUUUAAAUUUUUUAAUAAAACACAAAUAAUUUUUGACUAGAUAUUUUAUUAUUAAAUUACUAAAUUCCAUAUCAGUAAAUGAUUGAUUUAAAUUUUUUAUUUUUUGAGUUUUCGGGUGAGAUAAAACGCAUAUGAAGCAAAUCUUCAUUUGUGUUUAAUCUAGAGUUUUUUCUUUUGUGGAGCUCCUUUAUAUGUUUGUAAUCUUCAUUUCUUGAUUCGUAUACCUCUUCGGAAAACUGCCCUAAAAUGAUUAAUAAAAUUAUAAAAAUUUAAAAAAAAAACGAAGUUAUUCUUAUAAAUAUUAAUUUACCAAUAGGAAGAAUUCCAAAUCGUAUUACUUCGGCCCGGUGUAUCAAUAUUUUGUGUACGUUGGAAUGCAUAUAAUACUACGGAUACAGGUUCAGAAAUAACAUAGCAGUAUCCAAAGAAUACGCAUCAAACGCUUCUGGAUUAACUUCAUAUCCACCAGCAACGGUAGACAAAAUAUUUGAAAAACGUUGUAAUAAUUCUAUCUUGAUUUCCGUAAUAUUAGAGCUCUUUUCUGGGUUACUGAAAAAUCUCCGUACUGUAUUGCCAUAAUUUGUAAUUCCUUUACCUAAACACAAAAUUAUAGUAAUAACUAAUAACAUAAGCAUACUUUAAUACAAAUAAAAACUGAAAUUGUAAGACUACAUCAACCAAUAAACUCAUUUCUGUGCGGAAUUUAUUUUGGAUCAUUUUUUUUUCUUUCGGCAAAUUUCAAUUUGUGUGCAAGUGAUUUAACCUUAAAAUAAAAAUAUAAAAAAAAUAAAAAACAUUAAAUUUGGCAUACUUAAUUAAUACAUUUUUAGUAAACGUAAAUAUUUACUGUCCAUAUUUUGAUUUAUAAUUGGCACGAAACAUGCAGUAAACAUUCAAAACUUCGUAUUCAUGCAUGAAGUGAUGAGAAACCAAACUUUAAAUAAUUAAGUUAAACGACAUUUUACUUGAUGAAUAUUAUUCAUCUGUUUAGGUGUAGCUCCACAAUUAACGUAAUUUAUACCUACCUAUACAAUAAAUUUAAACAUUUCUACCUUCCCAUCGACGAUGGUGAAUAGUAAAGUGUGCGCUACUGUUAACUCUCUAUUUUCAACUAUAAUAAUUGAAGAGGUCAAUUUUUUUAUUUGAUCUUCAAUCGCAACUUCAUAUAACGUAGUCUCUAAUGGUUCUUUUUUAAAUUCAAACUUUAUUGGUUGACAGAAACGUGUAGAAUAUAUCCUAUUGUCUUAUCAAUUUUUCAUUUUUAUCAUUGUAACAAAACAACUUUAAAGGGAUUAUUAAAAAAAGAAAUAGGUCACUAUCCAAAGUCAAUGUUGGGCUACUGUACAUUUGUUUGUUGAUUCUCCAUUGCUCCCAUCGCAUCCUCACUUAUAUAUAAUUUCAAACCGCUCAAAAUGAAACUCAAUGGUAUUAAUAUUAUGUAUUUUAAAUAUUCUUUUUGAUGUAUGAUUAAGAAGAUCUUACAAUUUUAUUACGCAGCAUUUUUCUGAUAUAUUACAGUUAUCGAGAUAGCAUUGUUUUUUGGCUUCUCUUAUUUUAUCAUAUAUUGGGUAAAUAUCAGAAUUCCGUUCUUCUGUAGAGAGUCGUAUAUUUAAGUAUUGCUGUUCAGUUAAACCAUUUUGUACGAAAAAAGCUAAUGCCUCAUCGACAGUAAAUGGGAUCAGUCUAGAAGUCUCUGGCAUAUUUAUAGUCUGCAUCAUUUCUUUAGUCCUAUUUGACGAAGAUGAUGCUUCAUUAAAAAGUUUAACUACACUUCUUUGUCCAACUUUAUGUAGCUUACUUUUUUCUGCGUGUAUAAAUUCUAGAGAAUUAAUACAAUUAUUAUCCAUCAGAGUUUUUAUUUUCAAUCUCUUAGCUCUUUCUGUACAAACAGUAUAUUGUUUAGGUGAUCGACCAUCAGUUGAUGUCGAUAAAGUAUCUUGCGCGGAAAAUUUAAAUUUAGUAUCAAGCCAUUCAGAAUGUAAUGGUAGAAAUCGUUUUAUUCAACGAAAUUAUUUAGAUUAUUUUCUUGAUAAUGCCAAAGUAAAAUUCCAUAUUUUACUAUCUAAUAACUUAAUAGAAGUAUCAUUCCACUUUAAACCAAUACAUUUUUCUUUUAGGUAGCAAAAUAUAGUAGCAUAUAUAGAAGUUGAUUAUGAUUAGAAUGAUUUAGCAAAGUUUGCUAAAAACUUAUUCUGCCGUAAAAAUUCAAACAAUUCUCGGUUCAAAAUACUAAUAUUCUUUUUAUACUUUAAAUUGCUAACUAAAAAAUUACCAUGUAUAUAAAUAUACAAUUUUAAUGUAGCUAUUAUGUAUAAAUUAAAAACAUACUGUUUAAUAUUGAUAGUGAAAUAAAAGUUUAAAUAAAACUUAUCUUCAAAUGGAGUUGUCCGUAUUUGAUAGAUGUAAUAAAAAUAGUUCUAAAAACUCAAAAACUGUUAUUCUGUCACUGACGUUGCAAUGGCGAUGCGUCAAUGCAAUUAUAUAAUAUUGUGCAAACUACGCAGCCUAAUCGAUUUUAUGAACAACAAUAUAUAGGUAAUUAGAAAAAUAAAACCACGUACGUACCAUUUCAUAAACAUAUAAUACAUAAUAUGACUGUAUAGAUUAGAUACAGACAAACUGUAUAUCUCGUGUUUUAAUAGAAACCUACUAGUACACCAUAUUUGAAUAUAACAAUUUACUGCUAAUGUCAUUUAUCUCUCGAUUAGAUAUUUACUAAUAUUUAUAAGAUAAUUUCUGUACACUUGAUCCGUACACAGAUGCAAAUAAAAAUUAUAUUUUUGAAUAGCUGGGAACUUUCUUUAUAUAAUAUAUGGCAAAGACGCGUAACCUUUGGAAACAAUUCGUUAAUAUUUAAAAAAAAAAAAAAUGGAAAACAAAUUUUAAAAUUCUGUCAAGUUUAUAAAAAAAACAAAUGUGUGAUCAUGUUUGUUAUUUAUUUUAUGGUACUUCAAAUUAAUCAUACUGAAUGUUAAAAAAAAAUAUAUUCAUACGAGUAAAAUACUCAUGAUAAAUGGUAAAACUUUCGAGAAAAUAUCGAUUUUAACAUAAAAGAAACUUGUAUAAACCGCUGUAAUUCAGGUAAAUAUGUAUGUACGAAUAUGAAAUUUUGUAAUAGGGUUCCUUAGGAUGUACACAUAGCCAUUUUAAUUCAAAACCAAUUAAAAAUUAAAAUUUCCAUUAAAGGUUUUUGCCAUGUAAAAUCGCGUUUCAAAUCACUAUGCGUCCGCGAGACCGCUUUCAAAAACGAGUCAUAAGAAUAUCGUAGUCGUAUUAAACGGUUAACGGAUAUUAGUGUUAAAUACUCUUCGCUUCGAUUGAGUAAAUAUCAACACUGUUUAAAAAAUAAUAUUAUUCCCGUCUAACGAGCAAAGGCGUGCGCACUGGGUUUGCUACGUGUGCCGCGGAACACCCCGUGGCCCGUGUACCGAAAACGAAAUAUACUCAAUCCGGGUUUUAUUCAAUUAAAUGCUAAGGAGGCAUGAAAAUAAAACAAUUGUCAUUGAAUAACCCAAAACCAAAAGAUUCAGGCAUCCACUAACCGUAAUAUUACUUAUAGCUGCGUUAGGUUUAUGGUUCGUCGUAUUAGUGAUAAGGAUAACAUUAAGUUUUUUUUUUUACAUUUAUAAUUUAUAAUUUAUUAUAAGUGGUCAUUUUUUUUUUUUUUUUUAUGGUUUUCUAUUUAUUGAGAUACAUAAUUAUCUUUUUGUGAAACAUGGAUGGUAACACUAGUAACCAAUAUGAUUUUUAACGAAAUGGUAUUUUACAUUAACUAUCUUUAUUUGUGAGGACUUAUAUCGAUCGUAUGAUCCAUCAUCUUAUAAUAUUAUCUUAUUAUAUUGUGUGGAUCUUAUAUACCAUUUAAGAUCCACUUAAGGAAUAACGAAAAAAAUAAUUUAGAGACUCUAACAGAACGUCGAAAUAACAACAUUAUGGUAAUUACGCGUAGCUGAAAAUUUGCUCGUGGGUGUCUGGAAACUAAACUCGCUAAUUGUAUUAUUUCAUUGUAUGCCGAAUGGAAUGCAAUAUUGGUUUUACAGCGGUUCGUGUAUUUUUUGCUUUCCAAAAACAUUUCGAAACUCCAAAAUCCUAAUAGUUCGUUAAGCCGUGAUGUCUAUUAUGUCGAUCGAAUAUUUCACACAGAUCGUGUUUGCAGUCGGGUUUCUCCUCAGUUUAACAGUUUAGUUCAUAAAUAGUUCCAAAUAGUUUUCGACAAGAUUUCAAUAAUAUAUAUUUGAACGCAAAAAUCUCAGAAGGCGUGUGUCGAUAAAAACACAAAACAAUACAUUAUUUUACACGUAACUAUGACAUUUUCAGCACGUCUGUCGAUAUUUAUAUUUUAGUUAAAAAUCAAAAAAAAAAAAAAACGCUAUACGUACAAAGAUUUUUAAAUAAAAAUGAUAAUUAUUAUCCAUAGUAUAUAGACUAGACGUACCCCUAUACAGUCUCCAUGGUUUUCAAUUACCUGAUAUACAUCAGUUAACUUGGUGUGACUUUCCUUAAUAGGUUUUGAAAUUAUUCUGGAAUGCAUAAUGUUUAUCCGAUUUCACCGAUUUAUUUUUCAUUAUAAGCACUGUGCAGGCUUAAAAAUCUUCGAUCACACAAAUGUGCUGUUGACAAUAUAGGUACCGUAAGAUAUAACGUAACGCAAUUCCCAAAGUUGAAUAUUAUUUGUGUUAUUUUCAUGCACAUCAUAACUUUAUGUUUUCUACCUCCCCAAAUUUGUAUUUUUUUUUUUUUUUUAAUAAAUAAUUGAUAUUAAACAAAAAAUAUAUUAAAAAGUCGUACUCAAAUAUUUUCUCUAAAUUCUGAAAAAUAUUCAUAAACGAUGAUUUUACGGUUAAAAUUUUAAUAUGAAACACGAACAUACCAUAGCGAAUUACGGUAGUACAAACCAUUACUUAUAAGUGUUUCAUUAUUGGGGGUUAUCUUUACAGGAAAACUUUAUCUUACCAGUUUUGUCAGUUAACAAUAAUCAUCAAUUGGCCGAUAUAUUGGUAAAUACGAAUUUUAAAAAAAUAAUCGAAUUGUGAAUAUAUCCAUAGAUAUACUUAGACACUAAUAUAUCCCCAGCAUAUUUUGCAUUAUACUUUUGAAAAUUACUAAAAUAUACAUAAUAAACAAAAAUGUUCCGAAUAUGCAAAAAUAUGCAAAAUCAAAUUGCGGAUACCAACAUUAUAUUAGGUUAAGAUUCAAAUUUGCGUCUUACCUAGUUACUUUUGAGUAGGAUAAAUAAAAAUAUGCAAACGCGUACAAUUCCGGGCCGUAUAGUCAUAACUAGAUGUUGCAUUUUUCCAACAACGUUGUACCUGUAUCUCUGCUUUAUUAUAACCAAUUAAUAACGGUUACCUUUCUAAAUCGCUAUUGGCUUAUCAUACCGGUUACACGCCUACCCGUUACCAAAAACGAUUUUGAUAAAUCUAAUAUUUGUUUUUUUUUUUUUGUAAAUUAAAAUACAAACUAAUUACCAUUAUCAUAUAUGCAUCGUCGUAAUGAUGUAAAGUCAAAACCACGCGAUAGUUAUUAUCCGCACGGACCUUGCGGGGUGUUGGAUGGGGCCGGUUAGGGGGUGUACUAUUUACACAGUGAAAUGAUUUUCCACGGUAUACCUAGUAUACAUAAUAUUAUAAUAUUAAUAAUAUUUUCAAUUAUAAAAUCCCCCGGCUCUCCGCCCGACGAUAAAAUAAUAUUGUACGUGUCCCAAUGCAUAAAACGUUAAACGCAAUGUUGUCGCGGCUGAUAUCAACAGUUAUUAAUUACAAUAUUCAUAACAAUAUGUAUGAUAUAAAAAUAUAGGACAUUAAUUUCAAUACAUUUUUCGAUCGUAUACGAUACCUACGCCGCAAUUCCUAUAAACGCACAGGGUGUGUUUUUCGGGCAUUUUUUCUCCCCCCUCCCCCCGUAAUCCUGUCAUUUUUCAGUUUUUUUUAUACCCGUACCUAUUUUUAUUUUUUUUUUAAUCCAACUACACAAUUCAUAAUAUUGACCGACUACUUCGCUGAACAUGAAUUUUUCACGGUGAAGUUCAGAACAGAAAUUAUAUUCUAAAAAAAAAUAUAAUAAACGAUACGAGUAUACCUAUAACAGUUAAAUAUAAAGAUAUUAGUGUUAAAUUUCCGUUAAUACCAAUUAUACGUAUUGUAUCAUAACUUUCCGUAUUUCUCGUUUUCAUUUUGAAUAAACAAAUAGGUAUGCUAUAUUAUAGUAAAUAUCGUAACACCAGAGAUACCAGAGUUAGAUAUUUUCGAAGUAUAGUACGAGCGUACUCUGCUAAACAAAAUGGUUUGUUGGUUUGAAUUCCGUGAAGUAAACAAGUAUACAGAGUUACGCAAAACAACAGACAUAAAGUCAUAAAGGCUAUUAAAACUUACAAAUGCGAACUUUGUUUUAAAGGGACGACGAGUAGGUAUUAUUUCAAUAUAAAGUUAUUAUACAUUACAGUUAUUCUACCAUAGUUGAAAAUGCUGAAUAAAUUCGAACGUUAUACCAUCACGACAGAACUAAACCCGACAAUUCGAUCCACUGCAGCCUGUUUGAUUUUGGUUAUCUCAACACGGAUGUUAUAUGAAAUAUUGAAUAUAAUUGCCUAGUAGUACUCCGACCUAAAUUCUAACUCAUAAAUUCGAUAUUAAUGUAUUAUUAGCGUUUAAGUAAAAUUAAGUUGUAAAAAACAGGGAUAUAUUUUUAAGAACCCGAAACUGAUUGAAUAAGCAUACAAUUUCUAAAAUAUUGUAAUUAUACAAAUAUCGUUAAAUGACAUUAGUAGAAUGUCGCUGUCUUUGGUUGGAUAAUAGGUAGGUGCCUAAAAACAGUCAUUGACUAUGAGAAACAAUGAUACAUAUUGUUUCUACUCGCAUUUUUGUUUGUUUAUAAUAUAAAUGGAAACAUAUAUAAUAAGAUAAAACAAUUUAAUAAGAUAAGAUAAGACAUUUGAUAAGUAGAAUAAAAAACCAGCAGUAAAAAUUGAGGUGGACGCCUUUAUACAUGGCAACCUGGGAUAGUGGACCAUUCCGGCUCUAUUGGUACGCAUAUUAAAACUAAAAAUAAACCAAAUUAAAUUCAUUCAAAAUCUUCUUUUGGAUACCAAUAAAUUUUCGCUGACAGUUCGUGGUAAAAUAAAAUCACUAUGUACAGACGAAAAGUACACGGGGAGGAGCAGGGGGAGUUAUUGUCAUCGAUAGCAUUAUCCAUAUUUUAUAUUCGAGCAGUAAGCACGCUACUCGAAUCAUUGAAAAACUAAUAAUAAAAACCGAUCAUUUAUUCUUUUUUUUUUAUUUUCGUGAACAUUAAAAUUUGCACGUAUCAAAAACACGUCUAGGCAGUUUGACAGGGGUCAGAAAAUCGCCAAUAAGUGAUAAAUAUUACGCGUGGUCGGCCCAUGACGGUUUUUGUGUGCAUAUCAUUAUUCUAAUAAAAUAUGAGCAUACGGUGUCCACUGGCUAAUAAUUUAGCCAAUGUCUCGGCUUAAACUUGCUGAUAUUGGCGUUAUUUUGUGAAUAAACGAAAAUACCGCCACUAUAGAUUUCAAUAAUGACGGAAACUGACCCGUGAGACAGUUUUUGAUGAAUUGGUUUACAGAAUCUACAAAGUAGAUAGUAGUACGUACGUACUAAAACGUAAAAUCUUUCGUUGGGUUUACUACGUGUUUAUAUUUUAUCGUAAUUUUAGUGGAAUAAAAAUUAGUAACCAGUGUUGAAUCCGGACGAUUUUUUUGAUGGGAUGAGGGGGGUACUAACAAUUAUAAUAAUGACCUUUUUUUUUUUUUGCUUAUAACCAAAUUUGUUUUAUUAUUUAAUUAAUUUAUCCACAUUUAACAGGAGGGGGGGCGAUACCUGGAUUCAACACUGAAUAUAUUAUUAGUAUACAUCACAAUUGUAUUAUUUUAGCUCGGCGAAGUUCUUAUUCAGAGUUAGCGUUUGCGAAAAUCGAUCGAGGGGUGGAAACUUCCCGAAUUACAAAAGAUUUUGCCCAGUAUUCUUUGAUAAAUGAUAAUAAAUAAUGAAACAUUUUACGAUGAUAAUGUAACGAUAAUUACGUCAUCAAAUUAAAAAAAAAAACCUUAAAAAUGAUUGAUUUUGUCGACUUUCAAAGUUAAAUUAUCGUUGAAUUGUGAACUCAUUAGUCUAAACUUCCGAGUUUUGUAAGGGUGUUACACACUUACAUUCUUAUCUCCGGUCUCGACUAUAUUUAAUGAGCGCAUGAUCAAAAUAUUAUUUUACUAACUAUAUUCUAUAGAUCAGUGUUUUCAAACGGGUGGGGGGGGAAAUCUCUCCCUAGGAUAUUUAGAGUAUUUAAGUACUGCUUAUGGAGUAAUAUAGUAGUGAUGAAAUUGUAAGAAUAAAACAUAAAAUGUGCAGAUUUAUCAAAUCUAAAAUUAAAAACAAUUUAUCUCAUAUAUUUAAUUUAUAAGGGGAGGCAUGUGAUUUGUAAAAGGGGGACGUGGAAUUAAAAAAAUCGGAAAACACUGCUGUAUAAAUAUCUUCACUCUUCAGAACAUAUAAGUUGUUUUAAUUUAAUUUUCGAAUGUUUAAAACACUUUGCAACCCCGAAUUCGCGGUGUCGGCGGAUAAUGCAGGAAGGGAUCAAAUUCCAAUUAUUUAAUCCGACCGACAAUACCGGGCGGUAGGUCGAACUUGAUAUUUAUGGGAACCUAUCAUUGAAAAAGCGCUUUAAUUUUCACGCGGGUUAAAAUCCGGGCACAAUAAACGACGGCGACGUCAACGCGUUCAUUAAAUUGCGGUAGGUGCCCGUCACGCAAAAUUCGAAGGAAUAUAAAUAAAAGCCAGUAAAACGGUCUAUACAGUCCGGAUAACGUAUCUCUUUCCGAAACAUAUCGAUUAUACCCGUACACACGUACGUAUAUUAUCUCGUAUCAUAGAGACACUGACAAUAAUGAACGGUUCCUAUAAAAUGCGUAGAUUUAUAUAAAUUGUAUACGUCAUUCGAACCAGCCGUCGCCGCCGAUUUAAACUAUACAUAUAUAUACCUCCGAAUCGUUUUGGCUGGCUGUGCUCAAAAUAUAAUAUAACGUUUACGAAUUCGAAACUUUACGAGCCGAUAUACUAUCUGUUAUGUUAUAGUACUAUAACACUAAAUACUACGUCUUAUUUGUCCCGAGAAACACGAAAACUUCCCCGCUAAUGGGGAUUUUCGUACAAAAAUCAUAUAUCAUUAUAUUGUCCUCUGCUGUACAUUUUCUCUGCCACAUGAAUUCCGUAAUAUUUUCGAUUUUGCAUAAUAUAUAGUCUAUAAUAAAUUCUGGAUGAGAAUAUUUUUUUGUUGAUUUCUCUGGGUUACUUUGGCUACAAAGGCAAUAAACACGACCGAUAUUACAAUCUUACUAGUUGACCGAGUUCUGCUCGGAAUCGUUUUUUAAAUGUAUUGAUUUAAGGUAUAUGAACUUUAUAACUUUACAUCCAAUAACUUUCAAACCUGCCAACGAACAACAGUGGCCUACCCAAUUUUUUUAAAUACAUGAUUUUAGUCAAAAUAAGAAAUGAUAGACAGAAACGGUCUCGUCCCCAUGAAACGAAAAGUAUUGUUGUAAUAUAAUAUAUAUUAGAUACAAAGUAUUUCAAAAUUAUUCAUCCGAUUUCAAAAAAAAUAUUUAUUGAACAAUUUUAGUAAUUACAUGUUUUAAAGUUUAAAGCAAGUUUCAUUAAUUUUUAGUUCACAAUUAUUAAAUCUGUUCUCCCUCCCCCAACUUGUACGGCAUACAUCUAAACGACCCUAGCCAAUAAUUUCUCUGAUAAUUUCCUAUAUGAACCUGUUAUUGAAGGUGAUCGACCGCUGCUCAAAUUAAUGGCGUUUGUAAAAAGACAUUUUCCUUCGUCAAAUACUCUCGAAAGGAGAUAUACCUCCAUGAACCUUUUAAGUACCUCCGAUUGCAUGUUGGUAGAUCAUCGUUGAGGAAUCUGCAGACUUCUAAGGGUCAACGAUGUAGUGGUAACUGACAGUCGAAAGUACUCAAAAACCUCCUCUUUCUGACGGUUACUACGGGUUCGAGAUUUAUGCUGAUAAAUACUGAAAUCGUAUGAAUCAUUAUGAAUCGCGUUGUACAAUAUGUUGCGACGAAACGUCGGAGCGUGGGUAGAUUUGAAUACACGAACUGGCGGCGUUGACCGGCAAAACGGUUUAUUUUUUUGUUACACCCGUGUUCGAGUGGAAACCCAUUAUUCGUUAUACCGGAAUCGCACUUAUACGUGCGCACGCGUCACAAAAGUAAAAAAUAACGAUGAUACCUACGCAUUUUUGAAAAACGCAGAAAAAAAACCGUUCUCCGCAAAUCACUAAAGUGAAACACAAUUAAUAUGUCCCACGGUCGAUGACGCGACGUAAUGUAAACGUGGUGUAAAUAGGUAUAAACCGCCACAUUUAAAAUGUUCUUUUAUUGUCGGCUAUGGCCCUGAUUUUAUUAUUAUUGUUAUUUUCCGACCUCGAGAGCGCGACUUUAUGGCAAACACGUGCGAUUUUUAUUUUCUAUAACAGCGAAAAUUUCUCGUGGGAGACGGGCGUCGAGUGUACCGCGCCCGUAUUAUUAUACCGGUGACCAGGGCCCGGGGGUGAGAACCAAAAUCAGGCCGGGAGAUUAAAAUUUAUCCAAUCCACCCAAUAAAAUACGUAUACUUACCGAACAAAUUAUUCUCGCGUUUUAAUUUCAACCAGUUGCGAAACGCCAAAGCCAGUAUUUUAAAUUUAAGGGAGCUAAAUACGUUUGUACUUGUGACAUAGAUGAAAAUAAUAAGGGUGUGGGGAGUUUCGGUUUCCCCCCUCCAACAAAUUUAGAAAAGUGUUUUUAUCAAUGUGCAUUUUAAUGCAAUAGGUGCGUUAAACAAAAAUGUGUACAAAAAGACUUAAUAUAGGUACUGAAACAAGAAUACAACGUGUGUCUUGGUUUAACUUUUUACUAAGUGUUUAAAUGAUUCGAGUAAGUAAAAUAUUAUAUACAAAUAUCAGGCCGCCGGGCCAUAAUACGAUCCAGACCAAAUGGGAAAUUCCUAUUUUAUCCCCUUCCCGCACGUAAAGGUCGCGACUGAACUCAAAUAUGAAUAUUUUAAAAUUGUAUUUGUCGGCGGGUCAUACAUAAUAUACUUAUACUUACCGCGUUUUGAUUUAAUUUUAUGAUAAUCGAAUUUCAGCCACAUUCGCUAAAAUAAUAAUACCUACUUAUCUCAGCUACUGUAUUACAGUCGCGAGGGUGCACAGUGUCCACUAUCGUAACAACUUCAAACUUUUGAUAUCUAUAAUUGAAUCGUUGUGGUUCCCGACUAAGUCAAUUUGUUCACGAAAAACAGAAUACAAACUACGCGAUAAAUUCGGUGUAUAUUAUUUGGUAGGAUUUUUCGUAAAUAGACCUAUUAUAUAUAUAUAUAUAUAUUAAUGAAACCGAAUUAUAAAAUGGCUGGACAAUACGAAUUUACAUUACUUAUGGAACAUAAAUCGUAGCGUCUAGAUUGAAAUUUUAGUUUGAUUACAACAUAAAAAAAUGUGAAAACUGACAUGGCUAUAACUUAGAAAACAGUUACACACAGCCCAAAAAAAAAAAAGUUCAUAAAAAUAUUAUUAACCCCAAUGUCAGCCUAACCGUCUCAAUUUAUGUUCGAAGCAUUAGAGACGAAGCGUUACAGGCAGACAGAAGGACAGGUUGACAGACGGAGUAGUUUUUUUGUUUGCUUUUAUUGUUAUUUAUUUUAAAAAAACAAAUGCUAUAAAUCAAAAGGUAUCGUAGUGUAACAGGUAUCAAGUUUUAUCGUAAAGAUAGAGACCGAUAAAUAUAGGUAUAAUACGAGAAAUCCAUAUACAUUGUUUUUAUACGCUUGGUUGCAUUGCCAUUACGCGAGGCAACCAUUUUCAAUUUUGAGACAUUUCAUUUCAUAUAAUAGUAUAUGACUAUUAUAAAAGAGACCCAUACAAUAAUAUUUGAGAAUUUCGGCAGCAUUUGGUACACAGAUGUAAUAAUAUUGUGCGCGACGACGUCAUAUCGAUUUUAAUAACAUUUUGUUUUCCGCAAUAGCUGCCGCAGAUUUUGUGUACCGUAUAGUCGAUGUAUUUUGCCGUUUCACCAUUAUACGUAAUAUAGUUUCAUCCGAUAACGAAGUUAUUAUUAUUGCGUUCGUUUAAAGCAAAAAAAAAAAAUAUAUAUAAAUGUAUGUAGUUUUAAAAAAAUCCCGUCCGUAAUAACCGUUUUAUACAAUCAAUAUGAAUACGUAAAUAAUAAGAAUUGAAAAAUAAAUGAGUACAUUUAUUGGUAUCCAUAUUAAUAUGUUCCAUAAACCUAUCGAAAUUCCGAUAUCUUUAUAAGAAAUGAAGAGUCUGUAACGGAUUAACAUCACGUAGGUAUUCGUACGUACAAAUUAUAUUGAGCUGGAUGCUUUUUUUAUUUUUAUUCAUAUACAUCUUUUUUUAUAUUCUGAACGGAAUGAAGAAUAUAUUAGUUUUACAACUUUUUUUUUCCUGUGAACGACUUUUCUACCAGAAAUUAUACUCCGAUUUUCAAUUAUAGCACUCUUUCUUAAAAGACAACCUGAUUGGGGAGGUCAUUUUUUGAUUUUUCCAAAAGUUUUCAUAAUAAAUGUAAAAAAAAACGUAGGAAAAACGGGGUAAUAGGUACAAUAUUAAACAAAUGUUAUUAAAGAAAGUAUAUAUUGCAAAUGUUAUUAUUUUACCAUAAUAUUACGUCAUAUACAUAUAUUGUUGACAAAGCAACACUAUUAACCGAACUCCGCUCAGAAUCGUGUUUUCGUUAGCAAUGAUUAAUCGUUGCGUACACAGAUAUACAUUAAAUUUCCCCUUCCCAACUUUUCACAUUUAUCAGUGGCCCACCUAAGUGCCAAGUAUUUCCAUCUUUUUAUGUUACAUAAUAAAUAAUAAUUAAUAAUUAUAUUUAAAACUAUCAGAUUUCACCUCUUCGCUCGCCAACCCCCGUAAAUCAUAAUAAUUACGCUAUUUACAUAUAAUAUAUGGAAAAUAUAAAUAUCAAUACUUUUUAUAUAAUAUAUAUACUGAUGAAAAUAUAAUUUAAGAAUUAUUUGAAAAUUGAUAAGGAUUUGGUUUGUUAACUUACAAUUGAAACUUGACCAACUGUAACCAAAGCUGCUUAAAUCUAAUCGCACUGCAGUUAUCAACUAUUUAUAUUUGACAUUAAUAAUGAAUAUUAUAAUACUAUAGGCAUCUUUAUUUUUUGGUUUGUUUUCAACUCCUUCAUAUCUUUUAUCUUGACAGGUCUGGUUAAUAAUCAUAAUGUGUCAAUACAAUAUUAAUAUACAAAGUUAAAAAAUAAAUUGUGAAAAGCAAACUGAAGGGAGGUAGAUGGAGAAGCAUCUACUCGUAGGUUUGGCAGAAACUUCUCGAGUAAAUAUUGAAAUUGCGCCUACGAUAUAGUCACAUUAUAAAAUGUCAGUUUUAAAAACCCGAAUUCUUGACACAAUUAAACAAAAUAUACAACGCAGAUAUUAUUGUUUUAAAUACGUAAAAUGUUUAGAAUAGGACCUUUCGAAUUGUGGUAAAAAAAAAUUGUCUACGAUGAAACACGUCAUAAUAAAAACUUGUUGAAUAUAUUUCGUAAAUGUAUAUUACGGUUGGUUAUUGUAUAAUGAAUUUACAAAGGCUACAAUCGCUAACACUUUGGAAACUCAAUUUAAAAACCCGCCCUUCGUAGCAUGAUUCAUGCCACUGUCGUAGGCGAGAAAUUGAAAAUAUUAGUUAUAUAAGAUGAUAUAUAUUCUAAAAUACGAAUAUUCUGGAAAAUGUCGGGUUGACCCAUUCUACUGUCACUUCUCGAGUGUUUUGUGUUAAACUAAAAAACCAAAAAAACAAAAACAUUUAUUCUCCGUUUUUUAACGAUACACGAUGGUUCAUGUGCCAUACACGUAUUUACAGGGCAUCGGAUUUCAAUAUAAUAACAAUCUAAGCAAAAAAGGUCGUUUCUAAAAAUCGUCGAUACAAUAGUACACUAAAAUCUACAAAACACUUGGUCAUAACUAUACGGUUAUUAUUAUAACGUGUACGCGUUCGGUUUUAUUAUUGCCGUAUAACCUGAUCCAGUCCAUAUUAUUAUAAUGAUGGCACUAUUGCAAUAAACUUUUUCGCUCUUUUCUUUUGGCCCUUGCUCACAUUACGCCCAUUAAUAUUCUAAAUAUCGUAUAGCGAUUCUUAUAUAUUAAUAAUAGCGUGCCAUUGUAAUGCACAAACUUCGACGACGACGUGGUAUGGGCUACCAUAUCGACACGAAAAUCAAAUUUGUAUUGUAUAGUUGGACAUAUUAUAAAAUAUAGAGUAUGAUUGUACAAUAUUCGUCUGUACGAACAAAGCGAUUUACGAAUGACACUCCAAUUACGUUUCGGUGAUGAUUGGAAUCGGUUUAACUUUAUUAAUGCAAAAGUGAUGAUAAAUAAAAGAAUAAGUAACUUUGAAAUCGUCCGCAACGGAGUUAUUUUUUUAUUUUUUACUUUAAAUGAAACACGCGUUUUAAAGUCAAUAUUUGUAAUAAAUUUAAUUUUCCCUCUGACGUCAAUACACAAUAUACUCAUUUUAUGAAACCAUUAUCGAAAUACGUAUCGGAAUAUUUUUAGUACUUGUGUAGGUUAUAAAUAAGAGAGAAAAAUGAAAAUAAUUUAUUAUAGUUAUUUCUCUGGUAUAUACCCAUCGAGUAUCGAUAUAAAGCCGUAGAAAAAAAAUUGUAUUUCGUCUAACGUUAUACAAAACGUAUAGGAGGUAAAAAAAAAAAAAAUAAUAAAACAUCCGAAAGUAAAUUAUAUCUGUGUUCCGUACGUUUAAAAAGUAAAUAUAAUAUCGCAUUCAAAAGAAUCGGUAAAGGUGUGAAUUUUUAAAUGUAAAAGUUUAUUUUCCCUUCACGGUCAACUAAACAUCUCGUCGUAUAUUAUUGUACCUGGAGACCGAGCCUAGCUCAGGUACAUUUUUCUGAGUUGGUUGAGUUUACGCGUAAAUAUGUUGAUUAAUAGCGAUUUAUUAAAUCCAUUUUCAAAAACUAAAUAAAUAAAUAAAAAUAAUAAUAAUAAAUGACAAUGGAACAUCAUUAGACUUUUUUUUUAUAUUAUUAAUUUAUAAAUAUAAAGUGUUCUAAAUUCAUGUUUAAAAACCUAAAUAUUAUAAAAAGUUGCGCUAUAACUUACACGGUAAAUAUGUAUAGCAUUCUUCGUUUUCAAACAAUAAUAAGCAAACAAAAAUAACAAUAUAUUGUAAUAAUAUUAUUUACUCCGUCUUUAUUAUAUAUAUAAACAAAAAAUAAUAAAUUGUAUAACUAAAUCAUUAACGUGGAUACCAUUAAAAAAAAAACAACCCGUUAACAACGGUGUCAUUGCCUUUAAUAUCAAUUCGUACAUAUUAAUGUUAAUGCAUGGCGAAAACACGAAGUUCCCGACGGUAUACGAAGACACUUAAUUUAAACACUCUGUUUCAGUUCUUUCCCGAAUUCGGAGGGAUCCGGCCCAACGAAAGCCUUAAUAAUCGACAUUCGGGUGAAUCCCAUAGCUGGGUUUUGAGAUAAAAAAUACGAAUAUAUAACGCAUUUAUACAAUAUUAUUACUCGUAUAUUAUUAUAGGGCAGUGCACAGUUUUCGAAGUUUCAUUUUAUAAUAUGUCGAUGGUGUUUUGUUAAAAGGGUGUAUACCACUAAAAAUCAAAAAAUACGUUUUCGGUAUCGAAAAAAAAAAAUCAGAAAAAUUAGAAACAUUAACUGGUAAAAGGGCGUAUUCAAAUACAGAAAAUUAGGUUGAUAAUGUCGACUAAAACAUAUUAUCCAGGCGCCCUUUUAAAAUAUAAUUAAAUCAUCACUGAUUUGUUAAUGCGUAUAAUACAUUUAAUUUAAACGUAUGCCUUAUUAUGUGUACGUAUAAUUAUAUUGUUUUCCGUGAUAAACAACAUUAAAAACCGUUUCGCUGUGUUUUUGCAAAACGGUUUUUUUUUCUUCCGCAAAAGAAGUGCAAUUUGAUAGACGCCCUUUUAACAAAACACCGUCGACAUUACACCUAUAUAGAUUGAAUAUUGAAUCGAAAUAAAUAUCGUUAUGAUAUUGCUGUUAAAAUCUUAACGUAAACGCACAAAUCGACAAUACUACAUCAUAACUUUUAUGAUAUAACAUGACUAUGAAAACGGUUUUUUUUCUACCGUAUUAUAUUAUGAUAAGUCAGGUAAUACUCGAUGCGAUCUGCGGGUGACAGUUUUACGCGUCCUAUGAACGUGGAUACGCGAGUUUAUUCGGAUCCAAUACGAUGGGAUUAUCGUUCGUAAUAUUGAAAAAAAAAAGUUUAUAAAAAACCCGUAGCAGAAUCAUCGUCGUUCAUUUUAUUAUUUUUCAUCAUAUUGUACUACUGUCGUGUUUUUAAAAUAACGACAGCCACCGGCACCGUGACGAUUUCAUGUAUACAAAAGGAAAUUUAUAAUAUGCAAAUGGAUCAACUCUUAAUAAAAAAUAUUAAAAUUCACUUUUGAGUAAAUAUUUAAAUAAAUAGUAGCCCGUGUCGGCGUAUACAAUCACAUUUUGAUGGAGUAAUCUUGAAAUUUGUUCGAAAACCGCUAAAAAAUAUCCUAAUGCCGCGCGGCUGAACUCGUGCCAGAAAAGAAAACUGUGUUUAGACAUUUUUGUUAGCCAACCUAACACUGUCUCAGUAAAAAUACAAUAUAGGAAAUUACAUUGCAUACGCAUACUGAUAAGACAAAGACAAAACAAAACGUUUUUGCUUUCAAUUAGUCAUGACUAAUAUACUAUCAAAAGUCUCCACAUUUUUCGUCAGUAACAACUAGACAAGAAAGAAAACUUGUGUCUAUUUUUCAUAUUUCGUAUUUAUUUUUAAUAAUAUUUAAAAGCUCAUCACAUAAUAUCUUAUAAUUGAGAAAUUUUAGUUAGUAGAAACCGUACUUACACGUAUAUAAUGUUUAAAUUGUCUUUCGUCUGAACGCAGUUCGCAUAAUAAAGAUAAAAUUACAUUAUGAGUGAUGCGUUUUUUAUUUAACGGGUGAAUCCGUAAUUUUUUUUUAUCAUUUUCUACUAAAUUGUUUAAUGUGUACCACAUACAAAUUAUAUCUUCAUUAGAUGACAUGUUGACAAAUGAUUUUUGUUUAAUGGUGUUUUCUAGGUAGUGUGUUCUUUACAAAAAUAAUUUUUUUUUAGUUGCCUAACACUGUCUAACACGUUUUGCACUUUUGACGUGUGACCAGACUAAAAGUAUUUUAUUAUUAUUGACAAAUAAUGUUAAUAAGUACCUAUAUUAUAAAAUAAAACCGACUAUACACAGGUAUAUUCUAUCAGGUCUUAAGUCCGUGUAAAGUGCAGGAAGGAAACUGUUGGUAGUCCGUAAACUUAUUUGGAAGUAACUCUGAAGAUUAAAACUUUAAGUUUUAAUUUUCAUGGCAGUGAAUAAUCAUGUUUAAAGUUUAAUUAAAAUCUUACUACUAGUGUGUUUUUUUUUUCAUUAUUUUUAUCUGUAAAACAUUAUUGAGUAACUUUAAUUUAUAAUUGACUUACUAUAAAAUACAUUAGCCAGUUCCAUAUAAACGUUCAAUGAACUUUUGUUAAUGAAAAAAAAAUUUGAACGCAAAUACCAACUCGUAUAAUUUUCACGGUGAAUUAUCUAUGUAUGUAUUACUCGUCUUCCAAAAAGAGCCCGACAAAAUUUACCAUUUUACCGAUGGGCUCGAAUUGGCGUCUAUCGUCGAAUUUUCCCCGAAAAUCCACGGGUGGUUUUAAGAUUCUAAGCACGUCGAGGAAUGUAUUGGUUUUAGUAUGAUGUGUUUAUGUUUUUGGGUCCGCGAACUUUUCUACUAAACCACUUCUCUUGCUCCGAAUUUCAAGAGUAUAAUCUUUUCAAAAAGAAAAUGUUAAGAAAAUGUAAUGGCAAUUUCAUUAUUUUCGAUUUUGUUUAAUUGUUGUAAUUCAACUAUACAAAUAAUUUUAGAGACCUAAUUUUUACAUAGAAAACUUAUAUUAGGAUUUGUAUAGUCAAAUAUUUUGGACAUUUGGGAAAGCUAAAAGUUUAAAGAUUAGUAGAAAUUAUUAACUUUUUUCGAAAUUUGUUUUCUAGAAAAUUUAAAAAACAAGCUGCUCCACAAUUUUAUAUUUGUGUUAUUUUUUGUCACCCUUAUUUUUGGGAGUAAAACCACUACCUAAUUUUGAUUUUCAAAUAGCAACCUAUAUUAAAAAGUCCAUAAAUAGAUUGAUUAUUAGUUAAAAUAAAUUUUAGUGUUGAAGUUUUUGAAAAUAAAAAGUAGUUAAUGGUUUUACCCCCAGAAAUAAGGAUGACAAAAAAUAACACAAAUAUAAAAUUGUGGAGCAGCUUGUUUCUUAAAUGUUCUAGAAAACAAAUUCCGGAAAAAUUUAAUACUUUCUGAGAUAAUAAGUGUAAUAAUAAAUGAAUUAUCUGGUAUUUCGCUCAGAAUCGUUUUUUUUCAUUAACAAUAGUUAAUCGUUGCUUACAGCUAUACAUUAAAUUCCCGUCUGUAAUCUUCCCAAAUUUCUAUCGACAAUAUUGGCUGCAAUCGUCCCCAUUAUCCUAGCACAGCUUUUUUUUCUUGUAUCUAGCCUCAUAUCCGACAUGUUGCAUGACGGUCUUGACAUCGUCGGAUCUCACAAAACCUAUAAUGUUACGUUUGAAAUACUUAACCUAUCCUAAUUGAAAGUCGAUUCGCCGCGCAACCCAAAUUUAGGCGCGCGUGUGACGCAUAAAAUACGAAUUUGGACAACGUGAAAGGGUCAACGGCGAGUAAAAACACUUCGUCGUCAGCAUUGUGACGUAUCUUUAGACUGGAGAUGUUUUUAUCCGUGCAUUAUGACCGUCGCCGCCGCUGCCGUCAGUUUAGGACCGCGAUACGGCUGGGCAUAAUAUUAUAAUAAUACGCGAACUCUUCUAUACGGUAUAUUCGCGUGCGUGUCCACAAUUCUUUUAUAGAAAAACUAGCUACGACGUAUUGUAACGAGAAACUUCGCUUAUACCCAUGACAUUCUCCUCUCGCCCUGUCUCAAGAAAAAAAAGUAAGACGGAUUGCGACGGAAUCCGUUAUCGCCAUAAAAGUAAAAUGAAUUAGUCGACCGAUACGUCAAUGCAGUAAAAUCGUGAGUUCAACAGUAAAAAAGUGUGUAAGGUAUAUACCUACUACUAUAUCGAUUUUUCAAUUUGCGGAAAAGCGAUUUUUUAAUGUUUUCGAUUGUUAAAUUACGCAGACAUUGUAAUAAUAACCUUUUAAUUAUAACGCUCAAACGACAAACAUAAUAUUUCGAAAACUAUGCUGAAAACAACAUUCCCGAUAGUCAGUGACGCACAUUUUUAAAUUCUAAACGUAGCGAGAGAUCUAUUGGUUUUACUAUAUGUUGUACGUGUUUUUUCCCAGUUUGUUGACAAUUUUUCUACCAAAAAUCGUGCUUCAAUCAUUAACUUUAGGUGUGAUUUCCGGUAAAAAAUGUUGUCUAGUUGUUGAAUUGAGGAGGACAUAUUUUGUUUUUCUUAAAGCUUUUUUAAUAACUCAGAAAAUAUUAUAAGUUAUAGGCUACCAAUACAUAUAAUCUAUACAAAAAAACCGUAGGCUUCAGUCCAAGUUUAAUACAUAUUCAUUAAAUGAAAAAAAUAAACAAAUGUUUUUUUUAUAUAUAUAUAUAUAUAUACUUGCUCUUGACCAAACAAAAUAAAUCUUACAAAUAGAACUAUUUUAUUUUCUAAUUUUUAAAAAUACUAAAUUUAUAUAGAACUAUAUUAUUUAUUCUAACAAGUAAAUGUGUAUUAUUAGGUGCUGGAGUACCAACAUUUAAAAAAAGAAAAUCUGGUACGUAUUACUGUGUAUAUAUUUUUAUAAUAUUAUUAUAUUACGUAAAAUUAAUACAUUUUACGAUGGUGAUGAUGUAUCUUAGCUGAAAUCUGUUUAGUUAGUUGAACUAUUUACUAUUUAAAUUUCAUCAAGAUGAAAAGUUUUAAUCAUAAAAUCUGUUCAAAAGCCUUAAACUCAUAAUUAAUCGUUCAAUACUUCAUCCCUCAAUUUUCUUAAUACGAAUAUUUAGAAACGUCUUUAUUGAUAUACUGAAAAAAGCGUAAAAGUAAAUUUACUUUUUUUAAAAAAAAAAAAGAACACUAACAAAUCGAUUGUUUUUAGAACUCUUUUAUUUUAAUCCAACAAAAUUUCGGGAAACAGAUGUAACGAAAUAGUAUAUCCAUAAGCUCAGUUGUUCAGUAUCAUAUAAUAAUAUUUACGAUUGUUUACGAUUCUGUUUGUCGUUUUUCGUAUUUCAAACUGCACUACCAACGGUUUGAAAUUAAUUAUAGAGAAUCGUGAUGAAGUGUGACUACCAGACGGCAGAUGAUGGUGAGAAAAAAAAAAUGUAUUUUAGUUUCAGUUAAAUAUUAUUUUCCGCAAUAUGGUUUGCGGUUCAAUAUAUAAUAUUAUGGCGUUUUAGUGUAUUCUCUGCGAUUAUUGCUUUUCGACGUAAUUGACUAGAAAUAGUAACUAUACAGAAAACUCCGCGAUCAAUAUCGUAUUAAUUUUUGUUAUAUAUUGUGUUCUUAUAAGUAUCAGAUACUUGCACACAUUAUUAUACAAUAUUAUUUAUAUUACCUAUACACCUAUACGUACUGCAAUUUCGCUAAAAUAAUAGUACUUGUAAUUAUUACUAUAAAUAAAAUAUAGAAUGAAGGACAGUAGAUAAUGAUGAAUAUACCUAAUAGGGUGCGGAUUAUAAUGCAGAUUGUAUUUUUUUUCUGAAUGUCCUAAAGCAAUGCUUUCCGAGCACGAAAUUCGUUUCAUAUAUCAAAGAAUUAAAAUACGAAACUUUAUUUUGCAUUGUAAGGACUUUUUUUUAUUUUUAGUGCAUUUUUAGGUUUUUAAGGCAUGUUUUUCAACGUUUAAAAUAAUUUAUAGAGCAUUUUUAACUUUUUUUUUUAUUUAAGUGUAUUAAAUUAUAUUUUUUUAAGGCAUUUUUCUUGUUUUUUAGAGCAUUUAAAUCCGCACCCUAGUGAUGAAAUAUGAAUAAUGCAGAAGUAAAUGCCUUGUUCUAAAGCAAAAUAUAGUAGAUUUAAUAAGGAGAAAGAAAUUACAAUGGGUAGCACAAUGGGAGUCAGAAUGUGUUAAUAAAAGUGGUGUUGAAGAAGAUCGAGAUGGGAAGAUCUAAUUAAAAAAGAUAUUGAAUUACUUGUUGGAUGCUCGAAUUGGAUGAAAAACUCUAGAUGUAAAGAAGUGUAGUGAAGGGAUGGUCUCUAUAGAUUAGAAACCAGAGAAGAAGCAAAUAUAAUUGCUUUUGCUUUCAUAUAUUUCUCACGUAAACCUCUUCUUAUAGUUUUUGGAAAAACCCGUAUAAAACAUUUAUUUAAAAACAUAUUUUAAAAUUUUAAAAAAAUAAAUAAAAAGACACGUUGAGUAUACAUAUGACGGUAUUGUAGAUGAGAAAUUGAGAAUGUAUGAUAUAAGGUACCUAUAAUUUUAUUUAGUUUAUUGUACAUUGUUAACAAUGGAAAAUCAUUGCGAAUCAAAAAUGAUUCGUUUUCUUUUGUCCUCGUUAAAAAAAACUAGAAUAAAUAGAAGCUUUAAAAAAUCACCUCUCGGAAUAUAUUUACUAGAUAAAAAAAAAACAUAACAUGAUACCGAAAACUUAAUAAUGUUUUUUGAUUUGAGCAAGUUUGAAUUCUGGUCGAAAAAGUAUUAAAUUGGCCACAUCGUGCGUCAUUGCACAUUUUUAUUCGAUUUAUGAUAUCUGUGGUACGUACAGCUCCGCACGGAUGCAACUGCGUAGUAAGCCGAUUCUAUACCAAACCUCGUUCGGGGUGAUGGGGUUUCUAUAUAUUGUUCCUUCCGGAUAAACUAUUACCAACUGUUUUUUUUUUUUGUUAUCUGCGCAAAUUUUUCUUUUGCAAAGCUCUCGUCAAAUGUCUGUUAGGAUAUUACACGCGUGUCGACACGUUCGAAAACAAUUGACAGCGUGCCAAUCUCGUGAAAAUAAUAACUAAACACCCAAUAUAUUAGGUAAACUGUGCCAUCCGACUUUACUCUCGUUUUACGGUUAAUAGGUAUAAUAUGUAUGUAUUUUCCUCGAUGUUUUUGUUUAAUAUUCGCACGAUCUAUUUGUCUUAUUGGGCUUAUUUUCACUGACGCAAUUGUAGUGGCGUAUAGAGAAAUUAAUUUGAAGUGGAGGGUUAUAAAAAAAGCGUUUAAGUUUUAGUUAAUACAUACUUAGAUUAAAUAAACUCAUAAAUACGCACAUGUAUCGUAAUUUCGGGGGGGUUAAACCCCCAAAACCAUCCCCUAUAUACGCCACUGCGCGGUUGUGUAGGUUCGGUAAAUGAAAAACCGCAUUCUCUAAUACCUUACUGCACACUUUCCAUAAUAAAGUUUUAAUAAUCUUAACCCGAGUCAACCGUCUUGUCACAUUCAGAAUAUGUACUUUAAAUUAUAACAAAUAGUUGUUUUAUCUAUCGAGUAUAAAAUUCGGUACUUAUUUAACAGAUUCUUUACAUUUCGUCGUGUUAUAAUCAGUAUUAAAAUUUUCGCAAACAUUUACCAUAUUUGAAUAAGGUGUUUUAUCGCCUCCUCCUCCUUUUUUGGAAAUCUUGGCUACGCGUCUAGUGCAUAAACAGUGACAACUGAACAACACCCCAAAAAAAAAAUAGUUUUUAAAAAGUUCAAUUUCAUUGUGUGCACCUAUUAAUGGUUAGUUUUAAAAUUGUAAUUUUAAUACUUGACUAACAUUUGUAUUAUUUAGAGCUGUUAUUUUUGUAAUAAGGAUUUAUACUUUUGAUUAUACUCCACCAGACUUCGAAAAAUGAUAUUUUAGCAGUUUAGCAAUAGGUAGGUAUUUGAAAAAUAAAGCUGACACAUUCGGCUUUGAGUCAGUUUUACAUUUCAAGUCAAAUAUUUUAUGCGUCUCAAAUCAAAAUUAUUGAUUUAUAGCAGUCUUGUGCCAAAGGUUUGGGGUUGCACAUAAUACACUUGUAUGCACUUAUUACAGGUGCACUUUAACUCGUGUUCGUACGCGACGUGUCUAUAUUCUACAGGCAAUAGGCGCACAUUACUAUCGAACAGCCAUAAAAUGUUUGUGGUGUGACUAUAAAGCACGUGUAGUAAGUAGACAGGUAUUUUAUGUCGUUUCGAAAUUUUAAACACCAUUUAGGUAUAUCGUCAACAUUUGUGAACGAGCCGGCUGAACGAUUCGAAUUAUUGUGUGUAUAGGUAUGCGGACGAUAAUGCCCGUCAAUAUUAGAUAAUGAUAUUUAACACGUACACGUAACAAACAUAAAUGUUAUGUACCUGAUAUAAUUAUGGUAACGGCAUAUCUAUAUUAAUUAAGUCGUCGCGUAUUGACGUGGCCACGUACGUCUCCAAUUGCAGUGAAGGUAUAAUAUUAUUGCAAUAACAAUUUACUUUGUUAUUAAUAUAAUAAAAUAUGACACGCAACCGAGUGAGUAAUCACGAAAGAUACAGGCGAUGGUUAAAAAACGAGAAAUUAAAAAGUUAUAUAGGUAUAUAGGAACAUCACAUAAUUCUGAUAAUAUAUUGUUCUGAAUUAUUGGGGUCCUAACAUCUUAGCGUUAUGAAUUUUCAAGAUUUCAAAAUUAUUGUAAUACUCUGUUAUUUUAUCGGUCUACAAAUGUUACCAUUUUCUGAACUAGGCAUUUAUAAUAUUACAUUCGAUUAUUUGUAUAUAUAUUUUUUCCCUGGACUCCCAACUUAUUAUACACAUUUUCGAGCUAAAUACGAGAAUAAUUAUAAUAAUGAAGAUAAAAAGUACAUUAUACAAAUGAACUAUUUAGAUAUUUAGAGAAAUAAUCAACUUUCGAACUAAAUAAACAAAAUAUAAUUUUCACAUAAGCUAUUAUCAUGAAAUGAAGUGCUAAAAGUGUAAUAGAUAUCAAAACUCCAGAACAGAAAUUUUUAAUAAAAAAAAGUUGUUUGGUUCAUAUAACUUACGAGGAUUGAUGACAGUGUAUAUUUUAGUAGAUUUAGAACUUUAGACCUAAUGACAGACAAUACUAUAACAAUUGUGUUUGACGAAUAUUUAGCACUAAAAACGGAUUAUAUAUAUAUAAAUAAUUCUAUUUACUAGAAAUCGUAAAAAAAUUUGUUUAUAUUUUAUUUUUUAUUUCGCAAAAUUGUAGAAAAUUUAAAAACGUGUGAUCAAUCCCCUUAAAAAAUGUAUUUCUAAACCGAUAAAACCAUAACAUAUUUUACCUAUAAUUUUUAAUGAACAUAAUGCAUUUAAAAAUGUUUAUCUAGAUGAUUAAUAAUUUAUUAUUUUAUCUAAGAUGACCGCUGAGAUUUUCCAUUUAUCUGGAUAAGAAAAAAAAGAUAAAAAUAUACCUAUAUCUAGAUAAUUUAUCUAGAUAAAACGCAACACUGAUGAAUGUACUUUGCUACAUCACUGCCAUUUAUACGACUUUAUUAUAAUACAAGUUGUUUUUACUUUAUCACAAACGAAAUGAAACCGUUCUUUACAUUAUUUGGAAUGCACCUUUUUGUUUUUAUUUUAUUUUUAUUUUUUUUUGUCAUCCACCCGAGCACUGCAGUGAAUACCGCGGCAUAGUAAUUAAAAAUAUUACAAAUAAAACUAUGCGGAUAAUUGUUUUUCCCGCGCGCCAUUUGUUUAAGGUCGAAUACCCGUUUACGGUAAUAACAAUAAUAAUAACGUGUAAGCGUAGUGUAAUUAUUUAAACGAAAUUCGCGAAAGUAUACAGUUUCCCACAUCAUGGAAGGGUGUGAGUUUAGUGCAAUUCCACAUUAAAUUUCACCGAAAAGAAUUAUUAUUAUUAUUAUUAUUAUGUACUUAUAUAAUAUAUGUACCUGUUUGCUAUUAUUUAUCGUGGAUAUUAAUAAAAGUUAAGCCAACUCGAUAGCCGACCCGAUAGUUAUAAACGGGGUGAGUGUAUACGAUAAGAGUUCCAUAAGAGGUGUGAAGUCAACAAUCGUAUUAUUCAAGUUAUUUAUUCAUUAAAUACGAGCUCUAUCCUAAGUAUAGAAAUUUUAAAUAAAUUUACGUGUAGUACAAGUCAGUAGUAUAGUAAUUCGGAACUAAGUAUAGCCGGUUUAAAACAAGAAAGGAGGGUGAGCGUUAGCUAGGUGCUAUAUAAUCGUGAAAUCAUUGUUAUAAAAUAUCUAUUAAAACGGUAAUCUAUUGUAUUUAUUGAUCCAAGAAAUAUUUUGUUCGUGCCAUGAAUUACCUAUGUGCCGAUAAAUGAUAACACAAUAGUGAAUAAAGUGAAUUUGUGAUUAAUUUCUAAUUUAAUUUUUUUUUUUUUCUAUAAUAUAAUAACACGUCAUCGCAGAAUUCGUGGCAUAAACAAAUAUUUCUUGAGUUAAUCAAUACAAUUUGUUCGUGGUAUAAUAUAUGGCUGUCAUGUUUUCUGUGAUAUUUACAAGAUAAAAACUCAUAGCAAAACAAAAUGUUUUGCUUCUUUUUUUAUAAGUCGAUAACGACUUGACAUUGUAAAAAACGAGGAAAAAACAAAAUUAAUACAAUAAAAUCUACUGUUGUGUCGAGAAAAAAAAACAAAAUAUUUACGCGCUAAACCGAUUUUAACGAGCGCUAGUAUCAAGCUUGUACCAAGCUCGGCAGUAGAACAUUUCAAAGUAUACAAGGUGUUUUUUUCAUCAUAACCCAGCUAUUGACUACGAAGAUUUUGAGUAAAAUAGAUUUUGACUUUUCAGUUAUUAUUAUACAGGAUUGUGUAUAAUGAUCUCAUUUACAAUAUUCUCAAAAAAUUACCAUUAUUCCUUCCACCGCAAACCCAUACCGACUUUUGACUUUUAAAUAGCUUUUAAAAAAAUAAAUGGAUAUCCUUUUCAAAAACAGAUUUAAAAAAAAAAUAAUUUUGCUAAAAGUGUUGAUAUGCAUAAUACUUUUUUUGGACUUACCAUAUUUUAUUAGUUUAAAAUGUAAACUGGAGGAAUAGGUACAAAAGAAAAAGAGAAUACAUGUAUAAACCUUCCAUAUACCUCUGGUAUACAUUUUAAACUGUUAAACCUAACUCAUAAACGGUAUAUCCUACAUUAGUGUUAUGCAUAUUAAAAUUUGUAGAAAAAUAUUAUUUUUUGUGUUCAAAAUGAGUGAGGGUUGUCACUUGCAGGGAUGUAGGGACGGUCAUUUAAUAAUAAUGUUAAAAUAAAGCUUAAUAAACGAUUAUAUAAUGAUCGAAAAAAAAAACAGAAAUCAAAUUUACUGUAAAUCCUUUGAGAAAGUCAUUGGAUUAUGAUAAAAAGAAUUACCCGGCAUUUAUAAUAUAUUAUAUUUUUGAGAUUUAAGAAUAAGAAAACUGGAGAUUGGAGAAUAUAUUAUUAUUUGUUGUUUAUAGUCACCGGGUGUUUGUAACAGAUGACAAAAAUUAAAUUUAAAACAUCGCCAUAUUUGCAGUGGUAUAACUUGGUAUACUUACACAAUAAUAUACCAACUCGUUAAGAUUCUUCAAUAGAAAUGCAGCGUAGCAAAAUUAAGUUUAAAACAGUGUACAUUGCAUAAGUUAAGUUUAAUCCGUAAUACCUACGUAUAUAGUAAGUAUUUAACGAGACUUCGUGACAAAGCGGCAAAGUAUAAAGUUUAAUUAAAUAUUUUUUGUCUUUUUACAUAUUAAAUUUAAUACUUUAGUCUUGAUUUUAGAGAAUCUGUAAUAAAAAAAUAAAAAAAACCAACGGACAUACUUCGCACGAUAGGUGAACCACUAUUGUAGAAGUCGGGAAAAUAGAGUCGGUUAAAGUAUAUAGCUGUACGCAAAGAUUAAUCAUUGCUAACGAAAAACGAUUCUGAGUGGAGUUUGUUUGUACAUGUUUUAAAAGGCCGUAUAAUUUAUGAUUAUAAAGUAAUAUAUUUCCUAAAUUGUCCAUUUUUUCCAACGUUUUUUUCCGGUUUUUCCCAUUUAUAAUGAAAACCCUUGAGAAAAUCAAAAAAAGGUCUGUCUAAAAUACCAGCUGAAUACAAUUUCUUUUCAGAGAAGAUGUUACACUUAAUACACAUGUGCGAGAUUUCUAGUAGAAAUUUUGUUCACAGAUAAAAUAAAUAAACAUCGUUGUAAAACCUGUGAUACAUUCCUUGCUCCGCUUAGAAUCCAAAUAUGGCAUUUAGAAGCGGUCCUUGAUGGUUUACAACGAUUUCUUGUUAAAUGCGAAAAAAUUUAAUACUCGAAGUCAGAUUUUAGAUCCGUAAAGUAUAUAGAGCCAUGGAUUAAAUAUUUUACAUACAUGUAGUACAUGUAUUUUAUGAUAAAAGGAGAAAACAUACUAUUUGUUCUAUCGAGGUAUGGUUUUUGUUCUUAGACAAUUUUUGUUUGGUUAGUAAUAAAUUAAAAAAUAUGAAUUUUUGCUAAGUGUUAUACUUUAUUUUAAACAUUAUCGAAUCUUUUUUCUAAAACUUCUAAUUUAUUGUUUGUAACGAAAACUCGUUAAUAGUAUGAGAUGCUCAUUUAAUUUAUUAUUUUGCGUUUGGUUGGCUAUAUUUAUUAUUUACCCACCACAAGUUGGUAUUUAUACAGCAACUGAACACUAAUUUUCCCAGACGAUUUUUCAAGUUUUUUUGUUUAUUUAGAUUUGAUUCCGACAAUACUCCAUCUCCAUAUAAUAAAUAACUUGUAUCAACGUAUUAACGCUUAUAUUUUUCGACUGGUUUCGUUCAAUAACGUCCGUAAAAUUGUCCAGUUUUAUGCGUUUUUUUGGACAUCAAACUAUGAACUGCAGUUACAAUUUCCGAAAAUCACUCUCUUUAAUAGUACCUAACGUCCGCACGUUUAAGCACCUUUCCAUAAAAUGUCUACCUAUUGUAUAAUAUUAUUUUAGAUCCUAUAAGCAGAGCGAGGAAUCUUUAUAGUACUUUUACACAAUGGCGUAGUGCUUUUAUUUCUCUCGCGAAAAAAAAACCCUUUUUAGAGUAUAGUAAAAAUAUCAAAAUGUUUCGUUGCAGAAAUUGUGUACAAUAUCUUCGUUUAUCUUUAAAGAGAUAAUUUUUAGAUUAUUAUUAUUUUUUUUAUAGUUUUUCCUCAAGCGUGUACAAAAAAUUCAAACUCUAUAUCCUUGAAAACGUAUUACGUCUUUUUUAGAGUAUAGAACAUAUAGUUUUGUUGGCAUAUUUUAAGUUUUGUUAUAGUUUCAGUCGAGUUAUUAUGUCGCAUACGAAAUACGAGUUUUUCAGUAUUUUUACUUUGUUGUGAACUGACAAAAUAUAUAGGUAUAGGUAUAUUGACUUCCUGUCGUCCGCUUUAAGUCACGUUUGCGAGGAACUUAAGUCGAGCCAAAAAGUAAACUAAUAAACGACGACGAACUCUCGGUCAUCGUAAUAACUUCUCGGCAAAGACCUCGCGUCAUCAUCGUACAUAUUAUUAUAUUACCUACCCGUUUUUUAUGUAAUAUUACUUUAUGCACAUUGAUAAUAUUGGUUUUUUCCUCGCGGUUUUUCAGCGGGAACGUCGAGGAUUUUGGGCGGUCAUCUGAAGAGCAUGGGGAACUCGGGCCGCCGUCGUCAACAGCAGAAAGGGCGCAAACAGACGGGCUGAAAUCCAAGAGGUACCUGCUAUUGCCGGCCGUGGACAACAUACUGUUGCGCAGGCAGUACCCACAUUUAGCGACAGUUAAUACAAUUUAAUCGAAAACUCUUGUCAUUUUAAACGCUUCUCAUCCGACGUAUAUAUUAUACCUAUGUAUGAAUGAUUAUAAUUUUUCGAUAUUUUAAUCGAUACACCAAAUAUUAUAAUAUUUAUCUAUACAAAAUAUAUCGUCUAUAGCCUGUCGUAUAGCGCACACUAUAUAUGAUAAUAUAUAUUAUUAUAAAAUACAAUUGAUAGUACGAGAACGAUGAUUUAUUAUUAUUUACGUUUACCUAGCGAUACGCGUAUGAAAUCAGUAGUUUUACCACAAGACAAUAACAAUGUAUAAUACAUUAUAUUAUAAUACAUAGUGUGCGACAUCCGUAAAUAUUGCAACUUACUCUAAACACACGUAGUGUUAUAAUCCAGUAUUUCGAUAUUAUUUACCGAAAUACUCGCGGUUCCUAUAUAUUUGUUGCGAAUUUUGGCAUUUUCAGCGUUUUACAAUAACCACAAUAUUAUGUAGACAAAUAUAGGUGAUGACAUUAUUGUAGACGUAUACUCGAUAUUGUUUAUUAAACAUUUAUAAAAAUAAAUUGUCAUUCCUUAUUUGAAGUUUAACA